GAUUUGGCUGUUUGGAGACAGGUGGGGGUUCCUGAGAACAUGGCAAGAGGGAGGAGGAGGCUGGAUGAAGGGAGCACACAGGGUGGAGAGUUUCUGCUGGGCAGAUGUCCUCCUGCCACUGGGAAGAAGAGGCUGCACUAGCGAUCCAGUGAGUGAUCCAGGCUCCAACUACUGCCUCCAGCUCUCUGCUCUCAGGGGUUUGCCCGAGGCAUGAGGGGGCACAGCAUGAAGAAGACUAUCUUCCUCCUAAUAGGGACCAGUCUGCUCCUCUUCUUCAUCACCAUCUGGCUGACCAUAGGAGAGUCCCCACGGUACAGGUACCCUGGCUGCUUACUGCUAAUAAUACUGCCUCUUGCUGUUGUUGCAUCCACUGGUUAAAGUUGUGUGUGUAGUGUCUGCACUGUGCCCUGUCUGUAUGGGUUACAUUCAUGCAUGUGCGUAUGUUUGUAUGUAGGUGUGUAUUUAAUACAUGCAUUACUCUAAACGUGGAGAGUUACUAUGGUUAUUAUAGAAAACCCAAGAUAAAUAUUUAAUGUGUGUGUGUGUGUGUGUGUACACACAUACAAUAAAUAUUUAUUUAUUUUUUAUUUGUUUUUUUUAUUUAAAAAUUAAUGCAUUAAUGCUAAAAUGUGUCUCAUCCUUGGUGACACAAAAUGAAAAAAAUGAACAUUUAUCACCCACAUGACAUUUCUCAACAAAAAAGUGCCUUCAACAUAUAUAAAUAUAGUGCAUUUAAAAAUAUAAAAACACCAGCAAAAUUAAUGUAUCAUUAUUAGAUAUAAAGUGUAACUAAAUAUUUUAAAUAACAAGUACCAUCUGAAUCUGAAAGAUAUCUGGAUAGAUAGAUAGAUAGAUAGAUAGAUAAAUAGAUACAAUGAUAGAAUUAAUGCUAUGUUUUUGAAUAUGCUUUUAGUUUUAGUUCUUUUGAAUGGCUACUUAUAUUGACAUCAUGCAUAGUUUUCACAUUAUCCGAAAAUAUGAGCAAAUGGGUUGUGAGAUGGGGCGUUUUACUGUGAUUGUAAUUACAGUGAGCGCCAGGUAAUAUGUUACCAUUUGUGUGAUCCAGGUGUUGGGAGCUGCUAGUUUGUAGCAGUGAAUACUGUGCAGUUAUUUGUGUUAUGUAGAUUUUAUGUUAAAGCUUAGAAGCUUGAUUUGGUAAAUCCCUUGUUAUUAAUCAUGAAGUAGAAAACAGGUAGCCUUAGCCAUCUAGUAAUUAUUUAUACAGAUAUUAUAAAUGAGAAUAUAUAAUGGAAAUCAUAUCUUUAAAAUGAUUAAAGCUAUUUUGGCUUAUCUUUAUAUACCCUACAACGCCAGUAACAUUCUAAUUGUUGGACGAAAUGCAUGCAUUGACUGCUGCUGACUGUAUAUUCUGUUUAAAUAAUUGCCGUGCAGAUGCUUACAACUAACUGUGUAUACAAUAUAUGGAUUUACAUAUGUAAUUAUUAAGGGACUGACGGUUUUUAAAAAGCGGCACACACAUAUGUAAAUGCACAGCUGGACGUACAUGUGAGGUUAAUAUUUAUCUUGACAAUUUUGAGCAAUUUUGAAGGCAAGUGGUUUCCUUAUAUUUGUAUAAAUAUAUUAAUAAACGGUAUACAGAAAUGUAUUGAAUAUUUUAUUUUUAAAUCUGAAACGGCCUCAGUUUUUUUAAACAAUCCUGACAUAUGCUACUUUUAAUCCUUAUUAAUGUUAAUAUGGUGUUUUGCUUUUCUCUCUGUUACCUAUUACAUUUAAUUUAUCUUCUACCAUUUUAGUCCACCAUCUCUUCUUUGCACCCCUUAAUUUCCCCCUCUAAUCAUUACAUGCCUCUUUUCUGCUUAAAUAUGGAGGAAUUAAGUUACCAUAGGGCCCUGGGCAAGUGACAAAUAAGGGCUCCUAUUACAGCUCACCUACAGUGGGGUUUGAAGAUUGUUGUAGGGUUUUGCCCUAAACAACUCUAGACUUAAAUGGUUAAACCUAAAUAUAAGGCUUUUGCUUCCAAUAGACUUAUUUAGUAUACCCAUUGUAAAUCCUUUAUGGGUGUGUUUCUCAAUAGAAACAUUUAGGUAUUAGACACGAAGCGUAGAAUUGUCGAGAAUGGAUGAGAAUUGAUGAGCGAGUUGACAAUUUGGAGGAAAUCAGUUUACAGCCUGGUUAUUUUGGAGUAAAAUGUCCAAUUCCCAUGUCAAUUUUUAAUAAUUCCUGGAUUUCUGAAUAAACCACAUAGAUUAUAAAAUAUUAGUGACAAUGCCGCUAUGGAACUAUUGUCCUUAACAAAUGGAAUACUGGAGUUUAGAUGCCAUUGGCGUGGAUGCAUACAGCCCUAACCACCAGUAUAUAACAUCACUUAAAAAAAAAAAAAAAAAAAAAGACCCGCUGAAGUUAAUUAUUAAUUUGUACACAUUUUAAUAGUACUCCUAAACUGCUUACUCAGAUUGCUAUAGACAUUUUUUUAAUGUUCAUUAACUAAACAUUGACUUGUGUAGAAUCAAAAAGAGAAUUGUAAUUUACAAGCCAAAAACUCUCCAAAACUGUGAAAUUGUUAUUUUAUUUCAGCCCAAGUCUAGGUUUAGUGGGUCAACCUUACUGCACAUUAACAGUCUGACAGCAGGGGGUACCCCUCAGAUCCCUCUCAACUAACAAUAAGGUUUUAAUUUCAUAGCAAGAAUAUAUGUUAGAUUUUACAAGUUGGAAAUACUUGUCAUUAACAAUAUAACACACUUAAAGAACACUUUUAGAACUGAGUGUUUCAUAAAGUGUCCCAUAGACAUAGUUCAGGGAUAGGCAACCUUCGGCACUCCAGAUGUUGUGGACUACAUCCCCCAUAAUGCUCUCACAUCCAUAAUGCUGGCAAAGCAUCAUGGAGGGUGUAGUCCAAAACAUCUGGAGUGCCAAAGGUUUCCAAUGCCUGAAUAGUUCAUUUAUAUAAAACUCAAAGACUGCCUAGAAUCUGGUAGUAAAAGAAAUCUGCUUUUGCAAGCACAUCAGGUCUUAUUGGGUCUGCACAAUAUCGUCUUCUAUAUACCUCUAUUUUGUAGUCUUGUUCAUGCAGAGUUGCCCAGUGUCGAGGGAUCCUGGUAGACAAAGCCACCAUGAUCUGCAGAUAGACCAUAGAGAAGUAUUACAUAUCUAAAGGGAGAGAGGUUCCGGUAACUAUAUCUAUCUUUUGACUCUCUCUAGUUGUCACCAUGGAAGCAAACACCCACAAGUGGCAAACGUUUCAGUAUUUUUUGUAAGCCUUGUAUUUACAUCCGGCACACCAGCUUUUGUGUGUUAUGUUUUGCGAUGAGUUUGUCUAAAGUGACCGCAAAAUCUAAAAAGGUUUACAAUCAACUGCAAGACUGUCAAAUGUAAAACACACAAAGCAUUAUUCCUUGAAGAUUUUUUUGUUUUUCGUGGAUACUGUACAUUUUUUCUACUGCUUGUAAAAACCAUGUGUGUUAGGGAUGAUAUCAUGCGCAGUCAUUUAAGAUAAGUGUGGAGCCUGCAGGCUCUAGGGAAAUAUAUUUUGUUCAACAACCAAGUGGGAAAUAGCAGAAAACUUUCAGGGAAGAAGCGUAUAAUUUUACGUUUUAAUUUACUUUAAUUUUCAUUUGUAAUGAAAGAGCCGCCAUAUGACAUCUGACACCCAUAUGCACACAGGACGGUCAGGGAAGAUGUUGAUGACUUAUCUUUGUCUUAGAAUAUACGUUACGUUUCUCAUAUACCACCUGUGGGUAUUAAACAAAUGAGUAAUGUAUUAUUGUAUGUAAGGAUUAACAUUUAUCAAGAAUAAAUGGUGCUUUUAUAGUAUACAAUGAAUUUCACCGACCUCUCAGAAAUAAAUAACUAAAUAUAAUAUUUUAUCCAACUCAGCUAUAUUGUCUGUACAGUAAGAGUAUUAGAACUCUUAAGGUCCAUGCUCUGCUAUAACUACAUAUGACCCCACUUAGAAACUUGUAUCCUAGAUACAAUGUAAAUUAGAGGCAAUGUAAGGAAUGAUUGCAGAAUGGUGUAUAGCAGCAUGAUGAUACUGGACGUUCUAAAUAUAUAUAACUCAGAGGAGGGAUCAUGUAAUAUGAUUGAAAGGUAAAAAUAUUUUUAGGAGUUUAGGGAAGUGCAAGAUAGUGUGGUGAUGUUUUCUCUGGAAAGGGAGUAUUUAGAACAACAUGAGUUAGCCAGAUGUUGGAGGACAAAUGUAAGGUUAAUGCCCAUACUUGCAAACAGCCUUAAUUAGGUGGAACAGUCACGAUUUUGACAUCCAUGUCCUUUGAUGUCACAGUACUUUUGCUUGUACAUGAAUGCGUCUGCAGUACUCUGCACGUGGGCUUUGCCCUUGCCAGGCAGCUGGUCAUGCUCUCUGGGACGACACCCCUCCAAUUAUUUAAACCAUAAAACAAUACUCCAGCAUGUCCUCAACUCUUCAGUAUCACAUUUAUGAAAGUGCACGACAUGUACAAAGCAACGUUUCAACCAAUAAUCGGUCUUUUCCAAGCUCAUGUAUACUUAUUGCAUUAACAGGAAGUAAGGAGGAGGGGAAUUCAACCCUCCGAAAGUGUCACAUGAUACAAUUGUUUACACAGUUACUACAUCUUAUAUAAAUCCAGUGUGUAGUACUUAUAAAAUUCUUAAAAUAUACUUCAUACAAAAAAAGUGCAAACAUUGUUGUGUAUACUGAUAUAAAAGUGCAGAAUUAUUGCUGCAUAUAUGAAUAAUAAAGUACAAUAUUAAAGUACGGUAAUAAAUUAAAAUGCUAAAUUUGUCUUGAGUCAACAUAAUGUCACUAUGUCACAGGUUUAUCUGCACCCACCAUGCCCCAGUUCCAGAAGUUAAUAUUACACAUUAAACUCUGAAUAUCUGUUACACCUGGACUCACCAUCUUUCAUACACUUAGUACACCUAUUCAAUUGAUAUCAGGACUUUCCACAAUCCAAUGGAGGUUCUAGGGACUCCUGAUCAGAGUAUGGUACAUAUUCUGUAGCAUUGUUUAAUAUUUCCUCCCCCGCCCUCCCUCCCCUUCUUUUUUUUUCUUCACCUUAACUGUUUCCCCUAAUUUAUAACUAUGUUUAGAAUAUGUUGCUUGACAUUUGAACUUCAUAUAUAGUUAAUUUAAUUUAUACUUGUGGGCCUUAAUUUGAAAUGGUUUUUUUUGGGUUGAUGGUGCACUCAUGUGCUUAUAUGUCUUGUACAAUUUUAUUUAUUUUGAAAAACAAAUUUUAAAUGAAAAAAAAACCAAAACAUUUUGUUUCUCUACGUUUUGUAUUUUGGUAUAUCACCAUUAUCUAGACAAUUCUUACUUUUUUGUCUUUCUUCAAAUUUACAUUGGACAUUUUUAUGAAUAAAGUAUUUGAUCUUUCGAGGUAAUCGUCCAGCACUUUUUUUACAGUCUUCUUUUUAAUGUUGAAAGAUUUAUUGUAAAACUAGGUUAAUAACAAAGCCUAAUCCUAACAGGGAUCACCUUUCUCUUAUAUUUUUUUUGAUCUUCUCAGGUUUUCUUUUACUUUUUGUAGUAAUGGAUAUUGGGAAAAAAAAUUGUCUGAAUUUAUCUCUAUUUUUAUCUACUUGUUCUCUGAAAUAUUUUUUCUCCUGAAUUCCUUUUUAGCUUCCACAUUUUGGCUUUUUGAUAUAUUUUGAAACCAUGUUAAGUAGUGACAAGAAAAGAUAUAUGCAUAGCUGUCCAUCUCAUAUUUCGCUCAAAAGUAAGAAAUGCCUCUGAAGUUCAGUACUUACUAGUUUAUUGGAAAAUACAGGGGUUGCAAAUUGGAGAAGUCACUUCUGUUGGGUCAUACUGUAGUCUGCCUGAGCUACUGGAAUGUUUCUAACUAAUGUUCUGUGUUGGUAUAACCAACGUCUUGUGGACACAUUCUAAACUUUAUCAGAGGAGGGGGCUUGUAAUAAAAUAGAAAAUGCCAAACAAAUUAGUUCUGGAUUUUGUUUGCAUGGUAUUUGGUAUAGUUAUGAGUACGUCUGUGCCCCUCCCAUGGUUAUAACUUGUCAGUACGGGAAGGUAAAAAGGUAGAUGUUAUUUGUUGCCACAUGUAAAUGGGACAGGAAGUAAUUAAUCAAAAAGAAUUUGCAAAUAAUUGUGGGACAUAUACCUGGCAACAGAGUGCAAUUUCACAAAUUCCAGUAAAGUAUUGUUACACAUAAAAGGGGCUUUGGCUCACGGGAAAAAUAUACAAAGAACCUAAACAGGGUUAUUCAUUAAAAUGAGAAUUCAAAGUGAAUUUAAUAUUCAAGGUGAAACAAGUCAAACAGGAAAAUGUCUGUAAGUCUUCCAUGCUUUUAAUACAGCUAGUCUGGCCUUAAAUCCUUACAUUUUAAAUUUGCACAGAAUUUAGAAGUGGGACUAUCUCACCAUAUGUAUACUAUUACAUCUAAUACAUUGCAAUGGUUGGCCAGAUUUACUUUAACAAUGUCUAUAUUUUUGCAUUUAUAAAUAAAACUGCAAUUAAAAAAUUCUGAAUAGUAAUUAUAUAAAAUCUAUCACACAUAGAAAACUAAACAGAUUUAUAGAUUGCAACAUAUGGCUAAUUUGGACUUUAUCCAGAUUUAGAGACUUUAUAAUUUAAAUAUGUGCACAUUUUUGUAACUUAUUUUAUUCAGAUAUAUUAUUUUAAGUUUGAAUAUUAUAAUGGGCUUUAACAGAUUGUUAAUGUUUUUUAUGGAGUUGAUCAUGGUACCACUGCAAAAAUGUGUACUUUAUACAUUAUAUAAAAAAAUUAAGAACGUUGAACACAUUCUUAAGAACGUUGAACAUAAAAUUUGGAAAGCCUUUAAACAAUAUCAAACCUAAAAUGAAAAUUAUGGAGUAGAGGAGAUAGAGAGACAUGCUAAAGAUCGUCCGUUAUUGUUGUGGUGUGGGGAUAAUGCAGUGGGUGGGGAGAGAGUCAGGGUGGUUUGGUUAGAAGGACUAUGUCCAUGUAACAGGAACUACAUUCUUAUAUAAACAAAAACAUUUGAAUCACUUGAUUACUGAAUAAUACAAAUUUAGACUUAACUAUUAAAAAAAAUGUCCCUUAAAUUUAAUAAAAUAUGUGCAUAGAAUGACUUGUGAUAUUGGUGAAAAGAAUGUGUAAACCAGCUAAGUUCAUGGAUUGAAAGGUAGGUUUCCAAGCCAAAUCAUGCACAUUAUUUGUGCCUCGGUCAAAAAAAAAAAAAAAAAACAAGGUAAGUACUGAUGAUCUAAAAUCUUAAAAUAUGGUUUCUAGCAUAAAGAAAAUAGUUAAAAUCUGAAAUAGUAUUUUUGAGCUAUACUGUUUCUAAUCAAUCCAAUCCAUGAAACAAGGCGUAAUGGAUUUGACUCAAAGAUGCAGGAUAAUUUUACUGCUAUAAUUCUCAAGAGGGUUUGUUUGAAUUCUAGAAUCAAGGGUUCUUUUAAGCUCAUAGAACAUAUGACAUGGAACUAAUCCUGUACAAAAAAGGUCUGUAUAUGGGUGUAUGACCAGAAAAAGUGGAAUAGGUUUGCUAGAUAUUUGCUAAAAUUUAUAGCAGUUAUUGUCCAACAUGGCAUGCAUUAAGGCAGGAGUGGGCAAUCUUCCGCACUCCAGAUGUUGUGGACUACAUCUCCCAUAUUGAUUUUACACCCACAAUGCUGGCAGAGCAUUAGGGGAGAUGUAGUCCACAUCAUCUGUGGUGCCAAAGGCUUGCCUUUGGAAUAAUAAAAUAGAAUAAAUGGAACCGCAACACCAGGUAGCAUAAAGUAGGAUAUUUUCUUUCACCACAGUGGACUCGGCAACAUUUUCACCCUCCAGGGUCUUUGUCAAGCCUGAGAGUCCAAGUAACAACAUGCCAUUUAAAUACAUACUUAAUUACAUCCAAUCACAUAGUGUAACUACAUAGACCACCCAUAGGUGGAGUCUCACACAAAGGCAAUAAAAUUAACCCCAGCUGCGAUCAAGUGAAAUCUAAUCACCAAACAUAACAAAUAAAAACAUGUAAAUAAUACCUUGUAAAGCAAUAAGGUUUAAGUAUCCAUGUUCGCUGUAUUAUAUAUGAUAGCCGAACAAAAAAUAUAUAGUAUUUUUAUUAUUUGAGUUUGGAAAAACUAAGAAAAAAUCUUUCACUCCUGGACAGAAACAUAUUGUGAUGUCCAAGGUCACAGGUAUGUGGUAUAUAUCAGGGAACCAUCGGAAAGAUGUAAUACAUUCUAAGAAAAGAGGACAAACAGAAACUAGACCAUAAAUACAGAUAGACUGCAAAUGAAAUUGUAAUUAAAAGCUACCUAAACAUGUAAGCCAAAGAUAUGGUAAGCUGAAUUACAUCAUUGGAACAAAGACAAUGGGAAAUCUCAAUUUAUCCCCAUAGGUUCCAGGAAGUUCGGAGUAUCCUAAAUGCUUCUCGUCUCUUGAGGAGCACCGGUCUAUGUAGUCCUCUUGGUCACAAGGUCACCAGUACACUUUAUAAGGUAUAUAACAAAAGUGGAUUCACAGGUAUAAUACUGUUUACUCCCAAACCUGUGUGAAGAUGUACAAAAUGUUGCCACUAAUAACUGAGUUACAAUAAGGACAAGGAAAAUUACAUUCUUGAGGUUUUCCUGGAACUUUUUGACUAGCCAGGAAGAGUGUUUUAUACUCACCCAGACAAAAUGGUCACGGAUUGUUUCCACAACGUCUGAAUGGGACCAUUGUAGAAUAUGCCAGUGUUAAGGAUUUGCAUUAAUUUAUUAUUAUUAUUUUUUUUCAAUUAAUUUAUUGUUUCAAUGUGUGCCAUAUUGACUAACAAAUGUUAGUCUAGUGUUAGCAGCUGAUCUAAACUGACAAGUCUUGAGUAGGAUAUUACAUCUCAUAAUCACUCUUGUGUUAGAGAGUUCACUAGAAAGGAGCUCUAUAGGACAGCCCCUAAACAGAAAUUUUACAGCAAUCUCUUUUAGCCUGACCUCACAUACUUAUUAGUUUGUCACUAUUUGCUUUAGCCUGUAGAAUGGACUGCAUGGGAGGGCAAACAGUAAUUUGUCAGGAUGGGCACUGUCAAAUCAUAAAAAAAGUAUUCUUACUAUUUUAAAAAAUAUUUCUAUAAAUCGGUAGAAAGUUUAGAGCCUUGAUUAAGAACCGCAGUAUCCAGAAAAUAAAGUCUAUUGUAAUGACAAGUUAUGGUAAAUUGUAUAUCCCUUGGAAAGAAAUUGAGGACCUCAUGGAAAGAUCCCAGGGACUAGAGUGUACAGCGCUACACCGCCACAGCGCCACACCGCCAUAACAUGAAUAUAGUGAAACCAAUAUCGCUCAAGAUUACAAAAAAAGAAUUAGGGUAAAUAUACCAUUCCUCAAUAGAAUUCAUGAGUAUGUUGGUGUAUGUGGGCGCUACGUUCGAGCCCACAGUAAUCCCCUUGAUCUGAAAAUUGCCAGCAAAUACAAAAUAAUUCCUCUUAAGUACAGUGUGUAGUAAAUGGUUAAAAAAAGUCAUUUUUAGCAUUAUCAAUCUUCAAAAAAGCAGAUGCUUCGUGCAUUGCCUGGAGUACCCUUAAAAAAGUCUAUGUAGUGUCUACAGAUUAGCUGUCACCAGAGACUUCAGUCUCAGAGGUCAGGGCAGAAAAAUCACCUUCCCAGUGAAAAUAUUUAUCACGGCGGCGUCUGGUUGUUCACUUUACCUGUGUUGGUGUUAGCACUGUCAGUUGUACCCACAUCCUUUAGCGUAAUUCUCUUGAUCAUGCUAAAAUUUCCCAUGCUUCUGCAUUUCAACUUUAGUUUACCUUUUUUUUUUUGCACUUAGGGUUUGUUUUAUUGUCUUUGUUUUAAAUGUCCACCUCUAUGGGUGGUCUAUGUAGUUACACUAAUUAUAUGUUAUUGUAUGUAUGUAUUUAAAUGGCAUUUUGUUACUUAUGCUCUCAGGCUUGACCAAGACCCUGAAGGGUCGAAACGUUGCCAGGUCCACUGUGGUGGAUUAAAUAUCCUAAUUUUGCUACCUGGUGUUGCGGUCCCAUUUAUUCUAAUUUUAUUGCUUUGAGGAAUUGGAAUGGUUACCUCUGGGACCUACACCCAGUCACUUUAUUUAUUUGAGUGCCUGUUUUCCUCCCUUUUUUGUUUUUAUGUGGAAUGUGUCCAGGGAGAGAAAUAACCAGGAUGCAAUAUUUUCAAGGACAUUCAAUUUCCAGCACUUUUCUCAGUAGCGGUAGAAGUUCUGUGAUUAGAGUGGUUGUACCCAAAUCAAACAGAUGAUAUUGUCAUUGGAUAAUUCACAUUUUCUAAUAGGAUAGGCCUGACAAAUGUCAUAUGAUGUUUUACAAAUAGGGAGUGGAGUAUGAUACUAUCAUGGCGUUAUGGAUGAAUAUUUUUAACAUGUUAUUACACUACUGCCACGUGAAGACUUGGACUCUGGAUAUGCAUAAUAUCGUCUGAAUGUUAGUAGUUGUGACUACAGCCAACAGUCAGAGUCCGGACUGCACAUCAAAACAUACAUACACCAGCCCUGGAAAGAAAUCCAUUGGGGUUUUUUUGUGUUUUUUUUUUUUUGGCCUACAGUUUUAAGUAACCUAAACUGUUUCAACAAUAACAUGUUUAGUGAAUAGUGCUGCCUCACCAGUAACCUAAACCGUUUCUAACAAUAACAGGUUUAGUGAAUAGUGCUGCCUCACCAUCGAUGUAGUCAUUUAAAAAAAAACCUGUCUCUAAAUUCUGAACGUCUUUAAAGGCUGAUGUUACAUAUAUUGUUAAAUAUAUUAGAAAAACAUUACAUUGGUCAAUACUAUGUACACAUUGUGGUGAUUUAACUAAUCAGUCAGUCGUGGAUAUGAAAGAACAAUGUAGAAGCAAAAUAUAGCUCAGCUGGUAAAAUCUCCCGUACAAAUGAAUUGAAAACUUUAUUUAUUUAUUUUUUCAAGUUCAUUAUUUUAAUUACAUUUUUUAAGGCAGUUUUGAGCUCUCGGCAGCUAAUUAUUUAGAGAAUAAACGCCAAAGACUAAACAUGUAUAAUAUCAUAAUUAUCGUUCAUCAGAGAUAAUAGCCCCCAAAUGGGGCACACGAUGCUGUAUUUCCUGGAAUAGUAUCUUAGGGAAUCACAGUUUUUGUCAAAUGAACAGUAACCAGAUGUGUUCUGUUUGAUGAAAGCAUUUUAUACAGUAAAUAUUUUCUACAUUUCCCAUUAAGUUUAAUUUAAUUUUGGUUAAGAAUCGCAGUAAACAUUGAGUGCAAUUGUACCUUUUCCUGGAGGCAAGAGCAGAGCAACAUUUUACAGCAAAAUGUUAGCCUCAAAUAUUAAUUUAGUAAAUAACUAUACUGAAAAAAAUAAUACAUGGUUAAAUAAACAAUUAUAUAUGUUACCAUUAUGAAUUACGAAGGCGAAACUUAAUUCUGUAGAUUUAAUUAGCAGAAUUCUGCAGUUUAUAUUUUAAGAAAGUUAGUUGCCUUGCGUUAAAUGUGUGUAACCACUGCUGUUCUUUGUGGCUCUUUAAGUUUUAACGCACACAAAGGUUGUCCAGGUGCUUGGAGAAUCUCUUGAAUAAAAAAUAUGUUGUGAAUAACAUUAUUUUUAUUUUUUUAAAUUUAUUAUUUAACAGGAAUGUGCUUUGCGGAUAAGUGCAGUUAUUUAAAGAUGGUAAUGUGUUCAUUUUGAAAUAUUCAUUCCCAAAAACAAAAAUUCUACACAUAAACAAACAAUGUAUACGCUACCUUCCAAUCUGCUUAGUGUACAAUUACAGCAACAGGUGUUUUAUGAAUAGCAAUGUUUAAAGAUGGAAAGACAUUUCUAUUGCUCGGCUAUAAAGAACUUUCAACCAAAAUUAUCUAUGUAUUGUGUGAAUUAACAUCAGCUAGUUACUUUAAGCACUUCAGUAAUGCAAAGUGGUCAUGGUGUAGUGUUUCGCUAUGAAAUACUGCGCAUACAAAGUUUAAGGUCUUUGCUGCCAGAUAUGUAACUGCUAGUAGGGUAAUUGGGGCAAUAUUAUCCAGUCCAGAACAAGAGUUCUAGACUGGCUAAGAUCAAUUCUAUGCACAUUUCGUGACAUCAUCAGCAAGCUGGCGAUAGGCAGCCAAUGGCAGCAACCCCUACGCCCCCUCCACGCCAUCCUUGUCCUCCCUUUACAUCCCUACCCUUGCUGUUAGGCCGAGAGACAUCCACAGAGGAGGAUUAUGUUGAAGGGAGAAUCUGGCCUUAUUUCUGGAAUAGAGGUAAGUUUAUGGUUUUUAUUUAAUUUUUUUUUUAUAAAUUCUUUAUUUUGUUGGUGUUUCGUUUUUGUACUUUAUGGGGAAAGGGUUACAGAAAGAAAAGAUUGUGAUGAAACGUUAGUUUAACAUAUAACAGUUUGUAACAGUAUUAACAAGUCAGGUAUUGGCUUAUGCAUUGCGUUGUUGUGCCUAAUUUUUGUCAGUUUUCCUGAAUGUUGCUCGGCAUAUGUUUUUAGUACUCCUUUUGGGAGGAGCUUGGGGGUGUCAGGGGAGAUGGAAACGGGAAGCAGAGAGGGGGGGGGAGGUAUCAAGUGGGUGUAGAGGUUCAUGUGUCGUGUGUGAUGACCUUUCAUCGGUUUUUAUUUUUUUUAACCUUUACAAGUAGCGAUAGGUACAGCAAGUGUUAGUCUAACCGAAACCAGUGCUUUCUUUAAAUAUUGUUUUUUGGUUGGAGUAACACUUUAAUGUAAUGCACGGAGAUGUUUAGUUCAUAUCAUUGUUCUUCAAUUUUAAACUUUAAACCAUUAACAAAAUUGUGUUUUUUCCCCCCAAAUAAUUCCUAUAAACAAUUGUGUCCAGCACCAUCACAUUUAUAUUGACCCAUUUAAGGCCGAAACAAAAAUGGCGUAUUUUUGGCAUCACCACAAUCUGGUUUUCAAAUACCUUAUUUCAGCAUGGAAUGUCCUCUCUGUUUGUUGUUUAUAGCUCCGUGUAGUCAAUUUAGUGAGACUUUUCACUUUCCACAGAAGCAGAUUGUAAUGGCAGUGUUCAUUGUCAUUCAUUUGUUUUUAAUAGGUUAAACUGAUAGUUUGAACAUUAAAAAGAUCAGUUAAAACAAUUGUAUAGCGUUAAUAGUUCUCUUGAGUCUGGCUAUUUCAUGAAAUUCAUAGAAUCACUUCUGCCUCAAACUGCCCACAGUUCUAUCUGAAUCACAAGUAAAUGGUGAAGUGGGUUUUAUAGGAAAUGAAUGUAGUUAGAGGAUUUAGAAGACCAAAGUUCUAGCAGUUUAUGGAUGUCUCCAGAAACCUGAGAUAUAUUUUUUUCCCAAAUACACAUACUGUACACACACAUGUGUAUAUCACACAAUUGUUCUUAAAAUAUUUUUUAUUAAAGGGACACAAUAGUUACCAGAAUAGCUAUAGCUUUAUGUAGUUCUGGUGAGUAUUGUCAGUCCCUGCAGGCUUUUCAAUUUAAACGCUGCCUUUUUAGAGAAUACAUACACAUUCUCACUUUCAGGUAGUAGCUUUACCUCUGCCUGGAUGCCAUCAUUAAUUCUGUCUCUUUUUCUACUGUCUAUGCAAGUGUGUGUACAAAAGGUAGAAACUGAGUUUGUAUGUCUCCAACCAGUGAAGUUUUCUGCUAUCAGUCUCCCACAGCCCAGUAGAUGUUUGUCUCUGUAUAAAAAUGCUGAAUUAUGUUCCCCCACUAAACAAGCUAAUUGGUUGGUUUACUGUUUUAUAUUUUUAUUAUACAUGGGUUUAUGGUUUUACACUAGAGACCCUGCUCUAUAUUUAUUACAUAGGUGUGAUUAUUUAUCUUGUAUUUGCCGAACAUCUCUUAUAUUACCAAGUUAUAUACAGUGCUGCCCGAUUUAUUAUUGCCAUCUGUUUGCUUUUUAUUUAUUUAUUUUUUUUAAAUAUCAUUUACAUCAGAUUAUCGUUGAGCACCUGUUUUCAGACUGAAAUUAUAUUUAAUGUCUUAGUCACUUUUGGGAAGGGUAGAAUUAGUCAAACACACGCAAUAAAACAAGCAAUUUUCCAUUUCCUCUUUUUUUGUACAGAUAGAUAUACUUGAUAAUUGCAGAUCUAGCAUAGGUUUUUUUCCCUAGAGCCACCAACCUCCAUUACUGUGGGUAACAACUAAUGUAGAUCAGCGACAUCGUACCUUAUCAUCUCUUAAAGGAUCACUAUAGGGUUAGGAACACAAACAUGUAUUUCUGACCCUAUAGUGUUAAAUCCACCAUCUAGCUCCCCUGGACCCCAUUUAUGUCUCCAUAAAUAUAGUAAAAAUCUUACUGUAUUCAAGCCUGAAGCUGCUGGCUCUGCCCUGUCUGCCUCGGAAAAAACAAGCAGUCUGCUGACAUCAUUAGAAGUGGUGGCCUGAUCCAAUCACAAUGCUCCCCAUAGGAUUGGCUGAGACUGACAAGGAGGCAGAUUAGGGGCAGAGCCAGCACAAUUCGAACACAGCCCUGGCCAAUCAGCAUCUCCUCAUAGAGAUACAUUGAAUCAAUGAAUCUCUAUGAGGAAAGUUCAGUGUUUGCAUGCAGAGGGAGGAGAUACUGAAUGUUUGGAUGCAUUUUAGGCAGCCAUGACCCAGGAAGGAUCUCUAACAGCCAUCUGAGGAGUGGCCAGUGAAGUUAUCACUAGGCUGUAAUGUAAACACUGCAUUUUCUCUGAAAAGACAUUUGUUUACAGCAAAAAGCCUGAAGGUAAUGAUUCUACUCACCAGAACAAAGUCAAUAAGCUGUAGUUGUUCUGGUGACUAUAGUGUCCCUUUAAAAAUGUAUGCACCAAAAACUCACCUAAAUCCUGAUCUAAGUGCCUUAAUUUGGAACUCCACUUACAUAAUACCCUCAAUUGCUGAGAUAGAAAGAAAACUAUUAAAAUUACUCAAAUCUGGAAAGCUGUAAUUAUUCCUACUCUCUAUUUUAGAGUACCGUAUUGUGUACAUAUACUUUUUCCAGCGAUCUGUCACAUUCAUUUAUUAACGUGUAUAUUAGCAGUAGUGUAUGUUGGGCUGCCUCUGUCCUUAUUGAUUCUCAAUAGGAUGUGUAGAUAGAAAUGCUUCACAGUUUUAAAUGUAUCUUGUGUGUUGUACGGGUUGACCUCUGACUUUUGCCGCGUACGUUACGUGGAAAUGCUCAGAGCUUUAUUCAUACAUAGGCACAGUGUGUAUGUGCUUACAGGCCCAGUCCAAAUACGGUGCAUCCUUCUGUGACAGCCUGCCAGAGACAGUAUAAACACCGCUCCACGGGCUCCGUGGAAGCAGACCAAAGCAGAAGAUGGAGCUGAUUAAAGAUGAGAUAAUCUGUCAGGGAACGUGCAUAGCUAUUUUUGGUUGGGGUGUUGUCUGGCAUUCAAAUAUGUGAGGAAGCAGGAGUUAAUUACAGGGUGCAAAUUAAGUAAUGGUAGGGGCAUAACUGUCUGAGGAUCGGUUUAGGGAAGGGAGGAACUUUAUUUGAGUGAAGUAAUGUGGUCAUUCUGGGGAGGAGAGGCUUUUUGCGGGGAUGGAACUUCUAAAUAGUAAAAUUGGGUGGAGCACCCACCUAACGAAUGGGUGCCAGGACUCCGGCUCCACCACACCGAAAGAGAUUGCAAAAACGAUGUCCAGCACUCCAUAUGGUAUCAGAAAUAUCCCUUUACUGGCAAUCCAGAGCAGCAAUGAUUUUAUUGGGGGGGAACAAAAGUGUUGUGCCUACAGGCAUCUGAGAUGUAAAUUCAGCAAUAGAAAUGCCCCCAAUCUGUCGUCCAAGCUGUGAAGGGCUCCUUAAAGGACCACUAUAGUGCCAGGAAAACAUACUCGUUUUCCUGGCACUAUAGUGCCCUGAGGGUGCCCCCACCCUCAGGGACCCCCUCCCGCCCGGCUCUGGAAAGGGGAAAGGGUUAAAAACUUACCUUUUUCCAACGCUGGGCGGGAAGCUCUCCUCCUUCUCUCCUCCUCCGUUCCUCCUCCUGGGCUGAAUGCGCACGCACGGCAGUUUCUCUGAAACUGCUAUGUUUAAAAAAAAAAAUGGGUUAACCCUAGAAGGACCUGGCACCCAGACCACUUCAUUAAGCUGAAGUGGUCUGGGUGCCUAGAGUGGUCCUUUAAGUGGUUCAAGCAGAGUAGCACCUGUGUUUACCACUAUUUACUGAGCCCUUUCACUGUUUGAGUUUAGAAAAUAUAUUUAAAAAAAUUCUGAAAGUAAAGUUCACGUGCCAGUCUAUUAAACAAGUCACAUAGCAGACGUAAGGCUCGAAAAUGAAGGCAAGAGCUAGCACAUACACUACCGUCACACAGAUAUGUUCCUGGCAUACAAAACCACAAUUCUAUAGCAUAAUCUUUGAGGACAGGCAUAUAAACUUUAAUGUGCAAAUAAAGCAGAUAUUUUCUAUGUUUUUCCCACUAAGCGAAAGUAAAGUGCGCAUGCGCAGGGCGAGCCUUUUAUGGCGAUAAGUUAGGUGGAAGUUAAGGCUGAGAUGUAUCUGUAGUGGAUUAAAAAAAUAUUGUGCUUUCUUUAGCCAAAAUUAGCUCUAACUGGUGCACCUGAGCAGUACAAUACCUACUAGAUUUAGAUGCAUUUAUAUCCAUAGCGGAGUUUGUACCUCACAGGCGUAUCAGUUAAUUUUAGCUGUAGAAAGUGUUAGUGCAAUUAUUAUUUUUUGUCCUCCUGAAACUCACGAAUUUGGGAAUAUUACUCUAUUGGUCUCCUUUGUGUUGGUUCCUUUUAUGUUUUACAUAUAUCGCAUUACUCGGAACAGUUGAAGACGCAAUUUCCAACAUUAUAUCAAGGGAUGUUAGUGGGCUGCUGAACAUGGGCCUGGAAGCAGGACUUGUCAGUACGGUUUAAUAUUUACCGGUUCUCAGCAGUUUGGAAACAAGCCCUUAGUUGCUUCUGAGCAAAAAUUUGCAAAGUGAUAUAUGUAUGUUUUAUUCAAGUAUUCCCUUUUUAUUGCUGUGUAUGUUUUCCAAUUUCAUUUUCUUUGGUAUGAAAUACUUAAAGUGCGUGACAGUAAUCAAAUAAUGUUUGUUACAGAUCCUAUUAUUGUUUCACAUCCAGAUAGAAAGCCAUUAAACAUUCUGUGCAAGAGCUCAUCUUUUCAUUUUUUCUAAAUACUCUAAUAAAAAUAAGAAACUGAUGUUAUUUAAAAGGACACCAUAACCACCAUAAAAUCGACAUGGUUUUAUAAUGUUUAUGAAGCUACGAGGCUCGGAGAGCAGACUCACUGGUUUUUGUCAGACUAAUGUUUUCAAAUGUUAUCAUAUAUUUUUGAAGUGAUUCCUCAGCAACCUAAGCCUGUUACCAUGAGGAAUUUCACUUCCUUAUUAUCAGUACAAAUAUUUGGAUGGGGCGAGCAUUCUAUGGGUAUAGCAAAAUAUGUAAAAUAUGUUCACUGUACAAGUGUAUAUAUAUAUAUAUACAUGCAUAAAUUAUAUGGGUGCUGUCCAACUAAUACAAUAUACAUGAUCCAUUACAUUCGCUCACUCACUAAACAUUAACUUCAAAAUUCACAGAAUUAUUUUUUUAGCUGUGUUUUAAAGACCUAACUUGCAUAAGCUUGCAAUUUUCCAAGUAAGUGGGUUAAUCUCAUAAGACCCGGCUUUUUUUUCUUUUUAAUUUUCCAUAUAUGGCAUAAGCUUGCCACAAUAUAUAUAUAUAUACAGGGAGUGCAGAAUUAUUAGGCAAGUUGUAUUUUUGAGGAUUAAUUUUAUUAUUGAACAACAACCAUGUUCUCAAUGAACCCAAAAAACUCAUUAAUAUCAAAGCUGAAUAUUUUUGGAAGUAGUUUUUAGUUUGUUUUUAGUUAUAGCUAUGUUAGGGGGAUAUCUGUGUGUGCAGGUGACUAUUACUGUGCAUAAUUAUUAGGCAACUUAACAAAAAACAAAUAUAUACCCAUUUCAAUUAUUUAUUAUUACCAGUGAAACCAAUAUAACAUCUCAACAUUCACAAAUAUACAUUUCUGACAUUCAAAAACAAAACAAAAACAAAUCAGUGACCAAUAUAGCCACCUUUCUUUGCAAGGACACUCAAAAGCCUGCCAUCCAUGGAUUCUGUCAGUGUUUUGAUCUGUUCACAAUCAACAUUGCGUGCAGCAGCAACCACAGCCUCCCAGACACUGUUCAGAGAGGUGUACUGUUUUCCCUCCUUGUAAAUCUCACAUUUGAUGAUGGACCACAGGUUCUCAAUGGGGUUCAGAUCAGGUGAACAAGGAGGCCAUGUCAUUAGAUUUUCUUCUUUUAUACCCUUUCUUGCCAGCCACGCUGUGGAGUACUUGGACGCGUGUGAUGGAGCAUUGUCCUGCAUGAAAAUCAUGUUUUUCUUGAAGGAUGCAGACUUCUUCCUGUACCACUGCUUGAAGAAGGUGUCUUCCAGGAACUGGCAGUAGGACUGGGAGUUGAGCUUGACUCCAUCCUCAACCCGAAAAGGCCCCACAAGUUCAUCUUUGAUGAUACCAGCCCAAACCAGUACUCCACCUCCACCUUGCUGGCGUCUGAGUCGGACUGGAGCUCUCUGCCCUUUACCAAUCCAGCCACGGGCCCAUCCAUCUGGCCCAUCAAGACUCACUCUCAUUUCAUCAGUCCAUAAAACUUUAGAAAAAUCAGUCUUGAGAUAUUUCUUGGCCCAGUCUUGACGUUUCAGCUUGUGUGUCUUGUUCAGUGGUGGUCGUCUUUCAGCCUUUCUUACCUUGGCCAUGUCUCUGAGUAUUGCACACCUUGUGCUUUUGGGCACUCCAGUGAUGUUGCAGCUCUGAAAUAUGGCCAAACUGGUGGCAAGUGGCAUCGUGGCAGCUGCACGCUUGACUUUUCUCAGUUCAUGGGCAGUUAUUUUGCGCCUUGGUUUUUCCACACGCUUCUUGCGACCCUGUUGACUAUUUUGAAUGAAACGCUUGAUUGUUCGAUGAUCACGCUUCAGAAGCUUUGCAAUUUUAAGAGUGCUGCAUCCCUCUGCAAGAUAUCUCACUAUUUUUGACUUUUCUGAGCCUGUCAAGUCCUUCUUUUGACCCAUUUUGCCAAAGGAAAGGAAGUUGCCUAAUAAUUAUGCACACCUGAUAUAGGGUGUUGAUGUCAUUAGACCACACCCCUUCUCAUUACAGAGAUGCACAUCACCUAAUAUGCUUAAUUGGUAGUAGGCUUUCGAGCCUAUACAGCUUGGAGUAAGACAACAUGCAUAAAGAGGAUGAUGUGGUCAAAAUACUCAUUUGCCUAAUAAUUCUGCACUCCCUGUAUAUAUAUAUAUAUAUAUAUAUAUAUAUAUAUAUAUAUAUAUAUAUAUAUAUGUGUGUGUGUGUGUGUGUGUGUGUCUGUGUGUGUGUGUGUGUGUGUUUUUUUAAUUCUGAGUAAAUAAUACUUUUCUACUCUAAUUUUUAAUUCUCCGGUUUUCUAAACAUCAGGCUGUAAAAUAUUACAAUAAUAUUAUUUAAGGAAGCAGAGAUUUAAUUGGUCCCAAAAAUAACUAUGUUAUAUAGAGAUGGAAAAACGUCAUAAAAAGUGAUUUUAACUCAGAUUUCUUUCAUAACCUUUUGUGCGAUAAAUUCAGGUCAUGUUUAGAAAGAGCAUUUCUGGGUCAAAAAAAUUGAUGUUGAACCAUCUACAUUGGUUCCCAUGGCAAUUGUUCCAGAUGUAGUACUUUGACUUAGAGUGGUACUUUUCUUAAGUACACAUCAAUAUCCACUGAAAAUGCCCAAAGUAUGGAAUGACUAUGACCUAUUAAAUCUGAUCUGGAGGUACGAAGUAAGAGUUCCACCAUAUAUUCCUUUCAAACCACCAGUGAUAUAUGUAUAUAUGUAUUUGUAAAAUUCAUGGCGAAGUACCCUUAAGUGGCCAUAUAUUAUUUAGAUACAUAUGUCAAAUCAUUUUAUUCACUUGUGUAGAAUGGUGGUUGGCCUCAGGCAAAGUUGAUCCAUUGGGAAGUUUAAGUGUGAUUGUCUAUUUUUUUUUUUUUACCAACCACAGAUUUAAAAUGGGGAACCUGAAAAAGCUUUUUUUAACCAUUUAUAGUUGUGUUGCAAUAAUGGACCUUGGUGAAAAAUACAUUACGGACACAUCUGGAAUAGAAGUAAAACAGCUUUAAAUUUAAUGUGUGUAGUUUAUUAUGGGUUAUGCCCUUAUUAUAAAUAAAAUCGCAGUAACGUCGCAUUGCCAUUUAUGAUACGCACAUAAUUCCGGAUCAGUGUAAUUCAACUCUCUAUAUUAUUUAGUUAUGUAUACAUUUUUUAUGUUUGCUGUCUGUGAUCUCACUUGUAAUUUUUAUCUUUUUCAUUAUUGCGUUUUCUAUCCACUUUUUCAUAUGAUCGUGCUUGAUUUAUUACUUUGCUUGUUACACUGAAAUUGUGGUGACAAGUGAGAUGGUAGAAAAAAAGGUGGCUGAAUGGCGUUUCUAUAACUUAAAAUGGUUUUGUUUUGUUUUUCUUUUCUUUUUUUUUUUAUAUAGAAAACUGUUCUUAAUUUUUAUACAUCGAAAAUGUUAAAAUUAACCAAAAGGGUGUUGAAAAUAUAUUUGUCGAAAAAUAUGGCGCAAACAUGUCUAAUAAUUGCACUCACUCUACACUUGCAGAAAUUAGCUCCUGGUAAGCAAUCUGGGAUAGAGAAAAAGGUGGAUGCAGUGAGUGUAGCAGUAACUGAAUAUGCCACACUGUAGAAAGACAGAAGCAUCAAUAGCAUUUGCACAGUGAGCAAAGUCAGAUUUCUGUUAACUAUUUUAUAGUCAGCCAGCCCUUGUUAGUUUUGUUCCCCUGCAUCCCUUCUAAGUUCCAAUACUUAAUUCCCUUUGCACAAAGCAAGAGCAUGUGAAGAGUAGUAAGCUUCAGUAUAAGCCUGGAACUUCAGCUCCUUUAGCCCCUAUGUGUCAGGGUUCUUACCUGAGGUGGGAGUCUGUAGCGCAGAUAUGUUUGCUCACCCUUUCAGAUAGACACAGUCCAAGGUGACCAGAUAAGAAGCCACCUGGACUGUGAAUCUGUGCAUGGGGGCUGUGCAGGAAAGGUGAUUCCAAUGCAGUACACAAACAGCAGGAUAGUUAAGGGAUAGCCGAAGUCAAAAGAUUCCAGAGGUCAGGAUUACUGAAGUGUAGUCGAAGUUAAGGGAUGCCAGAGGUCAGGAUUAACGAAGUCAGAAGCCGGUGUCAAUAUGGAGUUGAAGAUCAAGAGACUGGAACACAGGAACUAAACACACACAACAGGAUCAAAGACUUGAUAAAUUUCCGAGGGCGAGGCUGUGUAUAUAGAUCGUGCUGAUGAUUGAUCAGAGUCAGGUGAAGUACAGCACUAGACGAAGCCCAGCCCCCAGUACUGUAGACAAGCUAGGAUGAACAGGACUAUAAUAAUUCCAAGGACUAGGAACUGCUGUGGCUCAAAGGUAGAUAGCAGGCCCAGGACAUCAAAGUAUCCAGGUUGAAAUCCCCUGUUGGGCACUUCUGGGACAACCAUGUCUGGAUGUCAUGGUGAGAAUUGUGACACUAUGUUAAUAGGCACCUCUUGUGUGCAGAGAGCUAUUGAAGAAUGUUUGCAGAGCUUAAAUGUCUUGAUCCCAUUGUGCCAACAUUUCUGCUCAGAAUGAUGGGUGCCCCAAAUCUACACUGUCCUGUCCUAUCCAGGGCUGGUGGAAGCUAUAUGACUGAUUUAUUAUUAUACUUUCUAUUCAGUAUAUCCAGGGGUAUGGAAUCUGUUGGUAUUAUAUGAAUAAUAAGGACAUGCUGUGUAAGCAGAAAGCCUGCAUUAGAAAUCACUGAGGGCCUGUACCACUUAAACAGUUAAGCAAACCUGGUAGAUAUUUUAAUGUUUGUUCUUUGCCUCUUGUCUGUGUCAGGAUUUCUUAGCCUACUUUCUCUGUGCCACAAAGAAACCUUUGUGUUGAAGUUUGCAAUUGCGACAGAUGGAAGGCAAUCAGAAAUAGGAAGACGUGCAAAUGCAGAGUCCCUAACUUCACAUGAGAAAUCUGCACUAUUAAAAAAUAAUGAACUCAUGUUCUAUUCCAGCACACCUUCCGAGUCUUCCAUUGUGCCUUAUUUAUAGUUUUCAAAUUAACUUUCCAACUUGUUAAACACUUUUCCUGAGCACUCUGUAAAAUAUUUAUAUGAAAUAAAGACCUGUCUUUCCUAAGCAGUGGUAUUCUCCUUGAACGUAGACGAUGUAAUUUAUUUCAACAAAAGUAAUUAAAAUUGUAUAUAUCAUACGCAGAGACUAAGAGUGUGUGUGUGUGUGUGUGUGUGUGUGUAUAAUUCCAUCUCAGUUGUCUUUUUUAACUCUUUUUUUUUAAAUCUUUAUUUUUCAUGAUAUAACACGAUAGCUUGCGAGGCCACAAUAGCUGUAGCAAGCACAAAAUAGUCAACAUAGGUUACACAUACAUGGCUAUGAGUUUGUGCACAAAUUUAGUUUUUCUUAAAAAGUAAAAGACUGCGUAGAUGAACAGGCUAGGCAUCUUUUUAAAAAUGAGAAUAGAAACUAGAAUUAUAAAUACAGGCUCAAAACGUGAGAGACAAUGUGAGAGACAAGAGAGAACAUUGCUGUCAUUUUUUUUACCCUGUUUGCACAGGUAAGUUAAAAAAAAAAGGUGUACAAUACUGCUCCAACUACAACCUUGGCACACCAAGCUGACUCGAUACCUCCAAAAAUGUUCCAGAACUGCUGAACGCUCCUGGAGAAAGUCUCACUCUGCAUCUGACUUUCUCCACUAUAAAUUUAUACUGCACUCUUACAGUUUGGCUCUUUCCUCUGCAAAAGUAAAUUACUUCUAUACCCUCAUAACCACACUCUCCCACAAACCUAAAUGACUAUUUCACACUUUAAACUCACUUCUUUGCCCUGUUGCUUCUCCUCCUUCUACCGACUUAAGCGCCACAAUCUUUGCAGCUCACUUCACUGACAAUAUCUCUACAAUCAGGGAAGAGUUCUCUCAUCUCUCUCCUUCCCCUUACAAUACUUCCCCCAACCUCACUCCUUCUGCUGUUCCAUGUUCAUUCGCACUCGCUACAGUGGAAAAGGUUUCUGAUCUGCUCCGGUCCUCCUGCACAACCACCUGCUCCCUUGAUCCUAUUCCCUCGCAUCCCAUCCAUACUCUGUCUCCUUCUUUUGCUUUUCCUCUCCCUAAAAUUCUCAAUCUCUCCCUCUCCUCUGGCAUAUUUCCAUUCCCCUUCAAACAUGCAACUGUAACCCAAAUUCUAAAAAAGCCCAACCUUGACCCUAACUACCGCCCUAUCUCACUACUGCCUUUUGCGUCCAAGAUCCUUGAAAGAAUUGUAUAUAUAAGAUUGACAGACUUCCUCGAGUCCAAUUCUCUGCUUGACCCACUUCAGUCUGGUUUCCAUGCUCAGCACUCUGUAGAAACGGCUCUGACCAAGGUAUCAAACGAUCUACUCGCUGCAAAAUCUCAUGGUCCCUAUUCUAUCCAAAUUCUCCUUGACAUGUCCGCUGUUUUUGAUACUGCUGGGGGAAAGGGAUUUAGGGGUGAUUAUUUCUGAUGACUUAAAGGUAGGCAGACAAUGUAAUAGAGCAGCAGGAAAUGCUAGCAGAAUGCUUGGUUGUAUAAGGAGAGGUAUUAGCAGUAGAAAGAGGGAAGUGCUCAUGCCAUUGUACAGAACACUGGUGAGACCUCACUUGGAGUAUUGUACACAGUACUGGAGACAGUAUCUUCAGAAGGAUAUUGAUACUUUAGAGAGGGUUCAGAGAAGGGCUACUAAACUGGUUCAUGGAUUGCAGGAUAAAGGAAAGGUUAAAGGAUCUUAACAUGUAUAGCUUGGAGGAAAGACAAGACAGGGGGGAUAUGAUAGAAACAUUUAAAUAUAUAAAGGGAAUCAACACAGUAAAGGAGGAGACUAUAUUUAAAAGAAGAAAAACUACCACAACAAGAGGACAUAGUCUUAAAUUAGAGGGACAAAGGUUUAAAAAUAAUAUCAGGAAGUAUUACUUUACUGAGAGGGUAGUGGAUGCAUGGAAUAGCCUUUCAGCUGAAGCGGUAGAGGUUAACACAGUAAAGGAGUUUAAGCAUGUGUGGGAUAGGCAUAAGGCUAUCCUAACUAUAAGAAAAGACUAGGGACUAAUUAAAGUAUUUAGAAAAUUGGGCAGACUAUUUUCUGGACAUACUGCACCAUUAUCCUCUCCUUCUGUCCAUGUACGAAUCGCAUCUGAUAUAUCAACAAGAAAAUUUUCCUUGAACAAAUUCGUGAUUGCUCCCCUGGAAAGUAUAUACCAUCAUAUUUUAUUGGACUCUCUAUCUUGGACAUAUGUUCAUUCAUUUAUAUUUUAUUUUUUAUUAUUCUAUUUAUCUUAUUUUAUUUUUAUUUUAGGUCUCUUAUUCUGUCCCAUUUUUAAGUGUAUGUAUCUAUUGUAGACUUAUUUAAGGAAUCUUAUGUUGGUUAUAAUAUUCUCACCAGUGUCUUAUUAGAGUGGCGCUAAUCCUCUACACUUUUUUAGAUUUUGUACUUGCCUCACUACUAUAGGGAUAGAGGGAUUCCCUUCCUUUUGGAGAAAAGCUACCUUAAUUUCACUUUUCCCAGUUUGUUCUAUCAGUGCUGACCCUUUACUACUGUUUCUAUUUCUAACUGGAUGGCUGCCCACUUCCUUAACCCCUUAAGGACUGGACUGUUUUUGCGAUGUUGUACAUUUGCGACCAGGAAUAUUUUUACACUUUUGUGGUGUUUGUGUUUGGCUGUAAUUUUCCGCUUUCUCAUUUACUGUUCCCAUACAAAUUAUAUAUUGUUUUUUUCAGGACAAAAUGGGAUUUCUUUACAUACCAUUAUUUAUAUAAUCUCAUGUAUUUUAAUUUAAAAAAAAUACAAAAAUCUGAUGAAAAAUUGAAAAAAUACAUGUUUUUUGACUUUUACUUGAAAAAUCUUUUACUCAUCUACAAAAGCGAAUGAAAAAAACUGCUAAAUAGAUUAAAAAUUUUGUCCUGAGUUUAAAAAUACCCAGUGUUUACGUGCUUUUUUUUUGCAUGUUAUAGGGCUAUAGGUACAAGUAGGAUAUUGCGGUUUAAAAACAUACAUUUUUAAAAUUUAUCAAUAGUGACAUUGUAACACUAUUAUCUGUCAUAAAUCUCUGAAUAACACCCCACAUGUACAUAUUUUUUUUAAAGUAGACAACCCAGGGUAUUCAAUAUGGGGUAUGUCCAGUCUUUUUAGUAGCCACUUAGUCGAAAACACUGGCCAAAGUAAGCAUUCAUAUUUGUUUGUGUGUGAAAAAAGUAAAAAAACUAAAUUGAACGCCAAUUUUGGCCAGUGUUUGUGACCAAGUGGUUACUAAAAAAGACUGGACAUACCCCAUUUGCAAUACCUUGGGUUGUCUUCUUUUGCAAAUGGUAUGCCAUCAUGGGGGUAUUUCUCAUUCCUGGGCUACCAUACGCUCUCAAAGGCAACGUAACCAACCUGGCCAUUUUCAAUGUAAAAUAUUUGACCCAUAUAUUUGACCUUGUAACUUUCAAAAAUGCUAUAAAACCUGUACAUGGGGGGUACUGUUUUACUCGGGAGACAUCGCUGAACACAAAUAUUAGUGUUUAAAAACUGGAAAACGUAUCACAACAAUUAUAUCAUCAGUAAAAGUGCUGUUUGUGUGUGAAAAAUGCAAAAAAAGUAACUUUCACUGACAAUAUCAUCGCUGUGAUAUGUUUUAAUGUUGUGAAUCACUAAUAUUUGUGUUCAGCGCAGUCUCCCGAGUAAAACAGUACCCCCCAUGUACAGGUUUUAGGGUGUCGUAGAACGCUACAGGGUAAAAUACAGUGCUAGCAAAUUAAAUUCUCUGGAAUUUCGGCCUGGGUUGGCAGGCAGGUCCCUCAAAUUGCAAUCAAUAAAAUUACUGAAUUAUGUAAAAAUAUUACAUAAAUACGCACGUAGAAUUUAAAUAUAUAUGCAUAUUUAUAUAUUUGAAGUCUACGUGUAUAUUUAUAUAAUUAUUUAUGUAAUUUUGUAUAUGGACGUAUGUAUAUUUCUAUUAUUUUUAUUUAUUUUUAUAUACAUAGAUAUAUAUACAAAUUCAUUCUAAGUGUAUUUUGAUAUAAAUAUAUAUAUAUUAAUUUUAAAAUACAGUUAGAAUAAAAUUUCAUAUAGAUAUAUAAUUUUUUUUAAAUUUUUAUUAUUAUUUAAAAAAAAUUUAUUUAAUUUAAAUUACUUAUUAUUUAUAUUUUAUAAUAAUAUAUAUAUACAAUAUAUAUAGUUAUUAUAUAUAUUAUAUAUAUACGUGUGUAAUUUAAUUAUAAGUGUAUUUUUAUAUUAAUAUAAGUACAUAUUAAUAUAAAAAUAUACUUAGUAUGGCAUUAUAUAUAUGAUAUAUAGACAUAUAUUAUAUAGAUAUAAUAUAUGUCUAUAUAUCAUAUUUAUACAUAUAUAAUUAUUAUUAUUUUUUUAUUACCAUUAACUUUAUUUUUUUAAUUGAUUUUACAGUUGCAGGGAGACUGCCUGUCAGCACAGACAGUCCCCCUGCAGGCAGCACUAUUGACACCUAUUGUGACCAUGUGAUCGCUGUGUUAAGCGAUCACAUGGCCACAGGGGUCCUAAUCUGCCGUGGGGAGACUGUCUGGGCUGCAGGCAGUCUCCCCACAACCGGUGGAACACUGAUCGCCGCCGGGGGAACGACGGCGAUCAGGUAAGUACCCCCAGACCGUUUGGACGGUUCAGGACCGUCAUCGGUCGGCAAGGCAAAAAUGCCGAUGACGGUCCUGAACCGUCCUCGGUCCUUAAGGGGUUAAACUCAAUUUGUCCAAAACAGAACUUCUUGUGUUUCCUUCCUCAAGUGUUGCUACUCCCAUUUCUGUCUCCCUCCAUGUUAAUGGUGCUACCAUCAGCUCCACCACGCAGGCUUGCUGCCUAGGUGUUCUCUUUGACCCCUCCUUCACCCCUCAUGUCCAGUCUAUCGACAAAUUCUGCUGCUUCCAUGUCAAAAAUAUUGCGCGUAUCCGCCCCUACUUAACGGCAGAUGCAGCUAUGGUGCUGGUCCAUGCCACUGUACUCUCUCGUCUUGACUACUGCAAUCCGCUUCUCAGUGGUCUUAUUUGCUCCCAACUUGCCCUAUUGCAAUCUAUAAUGAAUGCAGCGGCGAGGCUCAUCUUCCUGUCCUCUCCACCUACCAUGCCUCACCCCUCGGUCAGUCCCAGCAUUGGCUUCCCAUAAGAUAUUCUGGUUCUUGCUUUCAAAUCUCUACAUAAUGCUACUCCAACCUACCUAUCCUCCCUAAUACACAAGUUUGUUCCGUCUAGGCCUCUACGCUCUGCUGAAGACCUGCAUCUAUCCUCUGUUCAUACUCCCACCACAACUUCUCUAGGACUGCAGUGUUCCUGUGGAACUCCCUUCCUUUUUCCGUUCCCAGUCUCCACUCCUUCAAAAAAAUCAUUAAAAACUCACUUUUUCACAAAAGCAUAUCAAUUAAACUGUUAAUGGCUUAAUGAAAAAACACAAUAAGUCUUCACCGAAUACUAUUCUACCAAUCUACUUUCCUAAUACUUCCCUUACCUUUUGUGUCACUUUACCCAGCACCUUCUAGCAUGUAAGCGCAUUGAGCCUUGCCCUCAACCCCUCUGUUUCUGUGCGUCAAACUUGUCUGGUUACAAUUACAUGUUUGUUAGUCCACCCAUUGUAAAGCGCUGCGGAAUUUGUUGGCGCUAUAUAAAUAUAAUAAUAAUACUUGUAUUUUAUUAUUUUUGCACUAGUUUUUAUUAGAUUUUAAUGAGUAAUUUAUAAAACGUGAAAAAUAUGGGUUUAUUUCCACCAUGGAAUUUCUAUUUAACUCCCAAUCUGUAAGAAAGGUACAGAUCAGAUUGCUGAACAUUAUGUUUUCAUAACAGUCUUUAAAGGAUGUAAUGGUACAUGCCUUUUGGAUUAUAAAGGAAUUGUGAGCAGUGCUGCAACACGUCUGCAGCAUUUCAUUAGUGUGUUAGGAAAUGUACCUUGGUGUUCAGAACAAACGCAGGAAUUGAUGCUUUGAGGAAAGCUCUAACUGUGAAUGAUAAUUGCUGCUUGGACUGGCCACUAAUUGAAGCCUUAGUGGAUACAUAACUUUCCCAGGGCAGAAGUAAAAAAAAAGGCCAAAAGACUGUCUUUAGGGCAACAAUGGGAAUUGCAGGGACCUCUGAGAUCAGAAUGUAAAGGGCUUCCUGUAGAAAACUAUUUAUAAUUAAUAUCAUAGAAUGUCCGCAAAAAAAAAAAAAAUCCAGCCACAAUUGUUCAAAGCUAGUGUGAACUAGUGAAGAAUAAUUGGAGCGCGUUAUAUAACAGUGUAAUAAGUCUAGCUUGUUAUUAAAGGGCACUCUAUGCAACAGUUUAGAAUACUCUGUAUGUUUCCUAGAUUAUCCGGGUGCCAUCUGCAGUGUAAUACCAAACUUAUUAGAAGCAGUGUAACAGAAAAUAAGGAAAUACAAUACUGUACACUUCGAUGGGGAUUAUUUAUCUAGCUGGUAAUUCGGGAGAAUUGACCAGAAAAUUGCACAUUUUACAUGUAACUGGGGUGGAACAAAUGUUGAAUUGAAGGUGUCUUUUUUCCUAAUUCUUUGUUUCUGACAUACAUUUGCAUUUUUUUUUUUUUAUCAUUCUCAACUAUUACCAUAACCAGGGCCGGCGCUACCUGUAAGGCGGACUAGCCAGGAGCGCGGGCCCCGCUCAUGCUGCAGCCGCCCGAGCGCUCUGUAGAGAGCCUCGGGCGGCUGCAGCUUUUCCCAGGCGGUGCGUCCAUGAGGGCGGACCGCACCGCCCGGGCGCAGCCUGAGGAGAGGCUGACAGGAGGGAAGCGCUCAGCACUCCCUCCUGUCACUCCCUCUAUCUGGCGUGGCCGAGCCCUGUAUAGUCCGCGGGUACAGGGAGCAGCAGUGUGUGCACUUCCUGUUAGUCCGGCCGGGUACAGGAGACAGCUGCUCUCUGUACCUGCCGACUAUACUGGGCUCGGCCACGCUACUAGGGGAGGGGAGGUAGAGGGAGGGGGGAAAGAAGAAAGAGGGAGGGAGGGGGAGAAAAGGAAAAACAGGAGGGAAGGGGAAAGAAGAAAAGCAGGAGAGGGAGGGAGGGGAGGGAGAGAAGGAAACUAACAGGGAGGGGGAGAAAAAAAACUAACAGGGAGGGGGGGGAGAAAGAAACUAACAGGGAGGGGGGAGAAAGAAACUAACAGGGAGGUGGGGGAAAGAAACUAACAGGGAGGUGGGGGAAAGAAACUAACAGGGGAGGUGGGGGGAAGAAACUAAGGGGGGAACUAACAGGGAGGGAGGAGACAUUGACAGGGAGGGGAAUUGACGGGGAGAGAGAAAUUGACAGGGAGGGGGAGUGACAGGGGAGGGAGGGGGAAUGAGAGUAACAAGGGAGGGGGGGAGAAGAGAGUGACAAGGGAGGGGGGAGAGAUUGACAUCCAUCACACACACACACACACACACACACACAAUCACACCAAAUGCACCCCUUACACACAAAGACAAUGAACCCCUUGCACACAGAAAAACACACAAUGCAUUACACACACACACGCAAUGCAACCCUUACACACAAUGCAUCCCUUACACACACAGAAACACACAAUGCAUUCCUUACACACACUCAAUGCACCCCUUAAACACACUCAAAGCACCCCUUACAGACUCACACACUUCAUCCCUUACAUCCCUUACACAUACAAACACAGAUUCACACAAUGCAUUCCUUACACACAAAUCAGGACAUCCCCUACACACUCUACCCCCUGUGAACAAACUCAUUGGUGGAACAUGAAGGUGGACCCUGGGACCCAGACCUUGAGCUGUGUAAAGGGCCCCCAAAAAAUGGAGCUGCUUCUCGUUCUCCCAGAACAUUGAUUUUUGUGACCACAGUUACAAACAGCCUCCAGAGAUCCUGUUAUACACCAGACCAGUGGAGCCAGACUGCAGCUAGAGCCCAUCAUCAUCCUCAUCUGCUUGUAAGUAGGUAAUCUAGUAUAUUAUUCGUGGCACUAAUCUCUAAUUUACCUCACAUUAAAGAAACACUAUAGUCCCCAGAACCACAGCAGCUUAAUGUAGUGGUCCUGGUGUCUAUAGCCUGUCCCUGCAGGCCUUUUAAUGUAAACACAGCGGCACUGCAGCACUAGCGUUAGUUAACAUGGCAGGUCAUAUGGGUGGGGCAUUGUGAUGUCACGGGGGGGAGGGGGGCGGCAAACUUUACUUUUGCCUAGGGCGGCAAAAAUCCUUGCACCGGCCCUGACCAUAACAGUAAAAAAAUUAAAAAACUGUUCAUUUGUAAUGUAAUUAAUUUUUUUCCACUUUUCCUUCUCAGUGAAACAUAAUAAUAAGCUAGGCGGCAGUUCACUCGGUUUUUAAUACAUUGUGUAAAACAGUGGUUCCCAUCCCAGUCCCCCAGACAACCAACAACUGUCCAGGUUUUGGUCGUCAUCCCCGUUAGAACAUAAAUGGAAAAUGACAAAAUCCCAGACUGUACAUUGUUGACAGCAUAACGCACUGUAACCUCACUUAUAUUAACCUACACAUUAAAGUCAACAUAUGUUGGUGUCAGAGAAGACAAUUUGAGCCUAAAGCCCAAAGUGUCUGUUUGUGAACAGUUGAAUUGACGACAAAGUUGAAAGACACGUAUUUCUAAAGAGUCACUCAGAGGACAUGCUCGUCACAUUCCUUCCAGCAAAGAGCAAGCACACAUUGGCGAGGGGAUGCAGGGCGUCACACAGUCUACCUUAGUGAAUGGUGACGGGGGGUGGGCAAUGGAACCUGGCAACUAUUAACCAAUCACGCACCUCACAUGGAUCAGGGGUACAAGUGAUGGCAAGCAGGUCUGUCAAUGUCAAAGCAUGAAUCUGCAUUAGAGCAGAUCGUAAUGAAACAGACUUACUCCCUGCUAUUUUAAAUGUUUAUUCCUCGUCCUUGUUAGGUUUGCACAAAUUAUUAUAUAGUAAAAUAAUAGCAAAUGUAUUGAAGACCCUUGAUCUUUAUGCAGACAAGAAAUGUAAUUGCUGCAUCAUUUAUUGUCAAAUAAUGUGACUCGGAAUAGUGUUAUUGUUUCAAAUAAAUUUAUUAUCAGUUUUAAUGAAAAAUGAAAUAUUAAUGUAUUUUUUACCCCCAAUUUAAUGACUUGGUUACAAUUUAACACAUGAAUUGUCAUAAUAAGUCUUGUAGCAAGAAUCACUCAAAGGUAUCAUUUACGAUGCACCAGGGUUGCUGGAAGGGAAUUAUGGGUAAUGUAGUAGAGCAGCUGGAAUGCUAGCUUUGGAAGUAUGUUCCAUGUCAUUCAGUUUGCAAUUCAAAAAAGAUUAGUCAGUAGAAACCCUAUGUCCAAAAGGUCAAAGAAAAACUAUUGUUACCAGAAGCAACACGCUAAGGGGCAGUGCAGGGCAUAUCAAAUAAUGCAGGUAAAGACGUAGAUGUGGUGUACCAUAAACCAGGAAGAGCACUGCAGAGUUUUAUCUGCAAAACAGGGAAUUAGGGACUUGCUAAACAAAUUGCAAAACUGAGGCCAAAGUAGAGAUGGAUUUUUUUUAGAAAAAGUGCCAAUUUAGUUAUCCGAUUAUCUCGCUGUGCUGUGUAGUUAAUCAGUCCCACUCGUCAAGAACCAUAGAACAAAUCUGUAUAUAUAUGCUACAUUCCCAUCUGGGUAAUGAAGCAUGCAUCUCUCUCUCUCUCUUUAAUACUAUCUUCCUUCCCUUUUCAUUUUCCUGUUAUUCACGGCAAAUACUUUAUCUAAUUUAAAUUUCUUGUACAACAUUGCUUCACAAAAAGCCCAUCAAGAUGUCGCACUCUGCUUUUUAUUAGCAGCCGAAUUUGUUUUAAUUCACUGGGUGUUAAGAUUGUUCUAAUUCUCUACUAAUUGGUGCCUUCGUUAUUUGCAAGGCUAUUACAGUGCAUUUUAAUCGUCUUUUAAUUUCUUCUUGACUAAAUUCUAAUUUUAUUGCAGCCUUUUUUCUACCGCCCCCAUUCCUGACCAUUUGUAAGCCGAAAUUCUGUCUCACUUUUUGUAUCUUUAAUGAAGAAAAUGUACUAAUAUACAUGCACAAGAAAAUGUCCAGGUAAAAAAUGAUCUGGAGAAAUGAUCUAAAUCAGCUAUGCUUCCAGUUUGGCUACUUUAGUCUGAAAUUCAAUUUGAAUUCUCAUAUUAGUGAAUAACCCAGUGAGAUAGACUUAUAUGAUACAAAUGCAGCUGAUUCACAGACAGAUAUGCAGGCACACAGCCAUAGCCAGAUAUACGUAGUCAGACAGGUAGACAGAAAGACAGUCGGACACAUAGAUCAUCGCGAACAAUGUUUGCAUUGUUACUAGAAUAUCAUUAGUUACUAACAUAUUUGCUAUGUAUUACUAUUUUUGAUUUUCAGUUUAGCCCUGAUAUAUUAUUAUUAUUAUUAUUAUUGUUGGUCUCUCUGUAUUCUGACAAGCUGUCUGACACUUCUUUCCAUAUAAAAGCAGACAGAAUAUCGAUUGGAUCACAGUUUUGAAAGGGUGAUGGCUGAUGACAUACUCAGAUUAAUGUGUUGAGUUUAUAAUCUGCUUUCCAGUAUAAAACAAUUCAUUUCAUUGUGAAAUACCGUUCCCUUGUAGCUGCUGUCCCACACUUAAUUUAAACAAAUAGGCUGAGGACAAAACAUAAAGGGCUACUGUCAUGCCCCAAAUAACGUAUGCUUAUUAGAUUGAGAAUAAGAUUUUAUCUCUGCAUUGUGCAAAUGUAUAGGUCCAAAAUAGUUUUUUCUGCUAGCUGUCAGUCAAUGACUCAUUGGGCCGAGGCAUUGGUUGAAAAGGGAGAGCAGAAAAGAUCACCCACGGGAAGUCCCUGUGCUCUCCUCCCAUAGCAACCACAGCACAUGAGCUGUGGUUGCUAUGGAAACUCCCUCGCCGGUGCUUUUAGCGCCCCCCCAGGGAAUCCAAACACCAUAACCACUAAAGUGAACUGUAGUGGUUAUGAUAUCAGGAGAGACCUAGCACCCCCCAUUGUAAGUCAUUGACCCAUUUUCUAAUGGAUCGUCAUUUUACCUAUGGUCCACUGGGAACUGCCUCCCCGCCUCUUCUCUACUGGUCUAAGAGCUGGAAACUCUCUGCCGGAGCAAAGCUCUGUGGUGCUGGGCUUAGCUCAUUUGCUGAUUACAACCUCAGCCAAAGAGUUGGCCCUGCACUGCAAGUCAGGAGAGCUAACAGAAUCUUUUAUCAGUAGCUUCAGCCAUCGAGAGUGGAAGAGAAGAGGUGGGGAGCGACCCAGCUGUGUGAGUCAGGGAAUGUGUGACUAGGGCUACAUAAACAAAGUGAUCUAACUCCUAAAUGGCAAUGAAUUGAUAGUGCAGGGGCAUGAUCUAUACACCAAAACUGCUUCACUAAGCUAAAGAUGUUUUGGUGCUUAGUGUAUCUUUAAAGGGAAACUAAAGUCACCCCAGACUACUUCAGCUCAUUGAAGUGGUCUGAGUGCAGUAUCCCUGUCCCCCUUAGUCCUGCAAUGUAAAUCAUUGCAGGUUUUGAGAAACUGCAAUAAUUACAUUGCAGGACUAAGACUGCAUCUAGUGGUUGGCACUAGAGGCACUUCCUAAACACUAACAUACUUUGGUCCCCUACAUAACGCUAGACGUCCUUACGCUUUGCAUGAGAAAAUAUAGCGGCAGUAGAAUCACUGUAGGAAAGCACUGAGGCAAUGCUUUCUUAUAGGGGUAGUGGGGGCACAUGCACAUUAGCCUCCUACCCUGUUUGAUGACGUUGGUUGAGACGGAACGCUGAUCGCUGGAAUCGGGCAAGUUACUAAAGGAUUUUUUUAAUCCUUGAGCUGCAAGGGGGGACCAGGGUUCUCUAUAGGGUAACGAAUACAGAUUUGUAUUCCUAACACUAUAGAAUCCCUUUUAAGUAACAUCUUUACAAAAUAGCAAUGUUUCAGGUCAACGGGGCACUUAAUUAGGCUCUAUGGUGUUGGCAUUAAACAUUAGCAUGACAUGUUAUAUUGGAUAUCUUCUGGAGUGGAACCUAAAACAGUUUUCAAACUCGUACUGACAGAGUACAAAAACUAGUAUAGCUUAACGGUACAUGUGAAAGAGAGCAUUCAAUUUGUGCACAGUGUGUUUCAUGGCUUUAAUUCUGCAAAUUUUUAUUGCACUUGGCAUUCAGACACAGAUAUCCAUUGGCUAUACAUUGUAUUGUUCAAUACCUGACAAUCUGCUUAAUGAAUUAAUGCAUUAUCCUUUGUAAUACCUGCUACAUAAUCAAUAGAAAACAGGUGUUCAGAUGCAAUAUAUAUUUUUAACCAAAAUUUAAAAAAACAAAGACAUAUAAACGCCAAGUCCUACUGAUUACUUACCAAUAAUCGGUUAUCUGUAUCGAGAAAUUCAACCAUCUAAUUUUACUUCACAUUAUUUAAAAUAAAACCGAGCGAAAUAAAAUAAAAUAAAUUGAAAAGAUAAUCUAUCCGGCUCAUAGAACACAAUGUUUUUAAGUUGGUAAAUGCAAUUCAAUUUAUUUGUUUCUUUUUCUCUGCAGGGGAAGAUCUGUUGUUGAUGCAAAAUGAAACUGACUUUAAUCACAAUGAAAAUCACAUCACAAGCGGCAUAUACUCCCAGGCAUUCACCUGGAAAAAACAUAUCUGUGCUUCACACACAAUACUUUAUUUUAUCUCUGGAAUAACCUCUCUAUUAGUUUAUUACCAGAUACCGUAGAUUGGAACUAGUGGUGUCUUAACAAACCUCUAAAGGGGGGAACAAUCAUAAAAAAUAACUUUGAUAUGUUGUAGGGUACAUUAAUAUAUGUUACUUUGCAAUGUUGAAAGCCAUUUUAAUUUAAUUAUUUUUCUAUAUAGUUUUAUUGUUAGCAGCUUAUUUUAAAACUUGUGCUCAGUCAGACAAUUUGAUUCAGCCAAAAGAUUUCUUUCCAAAAAAAAAUAAAUAAAAAAAAUUCAGGACAGGCAAAUAUCAGCCAAAUGUCGGUUCAGCAGGGCAGAAUUUUUGUUAUCGAAAACCUGGUUUGGGAAAUGCAUCAGACAAACCAAAAGGGGCAAUCAGUGCACUGCAAAACAUCAAGUGAGAAAAAGUACCCAAUAGAGAGUAAAGCAUCAGGAGCAAUCACAAUAAUAAUCUACAUUUGUUAAAUAUAUAAUAUAUAAAUAUUUUUAUUUCUCCUCCAUUUCUUCACUCUGUUGGUCAUUUUCUCUGUGAUUACAAUCAACAUUGAGUGACUGUCGACUAGCCACCAAUCAUCUUUUUUUGCCAUCAGUUACCUUUUUUUUGUUGGCGCCUGGGCAAAAUUCUGAAUCAGAAAUCAAAAUGAAAACGCUAGCCCAUUGCGUGUUUGGUUUGGUUUGUAAUUCGGCUACAUUUUGGCUUGGAGUUCAGGUAUUCAGGUGAUCAGGUGAUCGGAUGUAACGAAUCUCCAAGUCUACUUAUUCUGUAGCAUAGUUAUUUAACCCUUUAGUGACCAGACCAGACCGUUUUUCAAUUUUCUUACCGUUAAGGUCCAGGGCUGUUUUUACAUUUCUGCUGUGUUUGUGUUUAGCAGUAAUUUUCACUUACUGUACCCACACAUAUUAUAUACCGUUUUUUUGCCAUUAAAUUGUAUUAUUUUCAUCAUAUCAUAUAAUUGAGUAUAUAAAAAAAUAUAAAAUAGGAUGAAAAAUUUUAAGAAAACACACUUUUUCUAACUUUGACCCCCAAAAUCUGUUACGCAUCUACAACCGCCAAAAAACACCCGUGCUAAAUCGUUUCUAAAUGUUGUCCUGAGUUUAGAAAUACUGAAUGUUAACAUGUUCUUAGCUUUUUUUUGCAAGGUAUAGGGCUAUAAGUACAAGUAGGACAUUGCUGUUUCAAAAUAUAUAUUUUUAAAAUUUAUCAAUAGUGACAUUGUAACACUGUUAUCUGUCAUAAAUCUCUGAAUCACACCUCACAUGUACAUAUUUUUUUAAAGUAGACAACCCUACUUACCCUAUUCAAUAUGGGUAAUGUCCAGUCUUUUUUAGUAGCCAUUUAGUCACAAACACUGGCCAAAGUUAGCAUUUAUAUUUGUUUGUAUGUGAAAAAUGCAAAAUCAAUUAUGAACGCUAACUUUGGCCAGUAUUGUGACUCAGUGGCUACUAAAAAAGACUGAACAUGCCCCAUUUGCAAUAACUUGGGUUGUCUUCUUUUGCAAAUGGUGUGCCAGCAUGGGGGAAAUUCUCAUUCCUGGGCUACCAUACACUCUCAAAGGCAACAUAUGUGAUAAAAACGGAAAAUCAAGCAUUAUAUUUGACCCUGUAACUUUCAAAAACACUAUAUAACCUGUACAUUGGGGGUACUGUUAUACUCAGGAGACUUUGCUGAACACAAAUAUUAGUGUUUCAAAACAGUAAAACGUUUCACAACAAUGAUAUCAUCAGUGAUAUAAUUUGAAAAAUGCAAAAAAUGUCACUUUCACUAACAAUAUCAUUCCUGUGAUAUGUUUUACUGUUUUCAAAAACUAAUAUUUGUGUUCAGCGAAGUCAUCCGAGUAAAAUAGUACCCCCCAUGUACAGGUUUUAGGGUGUCAUGGAAAGUUACAGGGUUAAAUACAGUGCUAGCGGAUUAAAUUCUCUGGACUUUCGGCCUGGGUUGUCAGGCAGGUCCCUCAAAUUACAAUCAAUAAAAUGACUUAAUUAGGUAAAAAUAUUACAUAAAUAUGCACGUAGAAUUUAAAUAUAUAAACAUAUUUAUAUAUUUGAAGUCUACGUGUAUAUUUAUGAAAUUAUUUAUAUAAUUAUGUGUAUGUAUAUAUAUAUAUAUAUAUAUAUGUUUCGUUUUAUUUAUUUAUAUAUAUAUAUAUAUAUAUAAAAUUUAAUUUAAUUCUAAGUGUAUUUUGAUAUAAAUAUAUAAUUUAAUUUUAACUUUAAAAUACAGUUAGAAUAAAAUUACAUAUAUAUAAUUUUUUUAUUAUUUUUAUUUACUUAUUAUUUAUAUUUUAUAAUAAUAUAUAUAUAUAUAUAUAUAAAAAAAAUAUAUAUAUAUAUAUAUAUAUAUAUAGUUAUAUGUGUGUAAUUUAAUUAUAAGUGUAUUUCUAUAAAAAUAUAUUAAUAAAAAAAUACACUUAGAAUGACAUUUUAUAUAUAUAUAUAUUUGUAUUUAUUUUUUAUUUAUUUUUAUUUAUUUUUUAUUUACUAACCUUUGUUUUAAUUUUAUAGCAGCAGGGAGACUGCCUGUCAGUACUAGGUACAUCUGUGGUCCCUAAGGACCAUUUUUUAUUGGACGUACCUAGUACGUCCGCGGUCCUUAAGGGGUUAAAAGAACACUUCAAGCACCAUAAUCACUACAGUGAGCUUUAGGGUUUAAAGGGACUCUAUAGGCACCCAGACCACUUCACAUCAAUUAAAUGGUCUGGGUGCCAUGUCCCCCCUGCUUUUAAACCCUGCAGCUGAAAAUAUUGCCGAUCUGUGGGAAUGCAAUGCUUUCACUGCAUGGUUAACCUGCCUCUAGUGGCUAUCAUACUGACAGCCAUGAGAGCCACUUCCAUGAAAUAAGAGAGUAAAGCAAUUUCAAUCAGAUGGUCUCUAAGAAACAUUGGUGCCCAAAACAUAUGAAAUGCUAAAUAUACUGUCAGGGUUUUUCACUGAAUUUCAUAUUUUGAACAAACUGAGACAAGAAUUGCUGAGUCUGCAAUUAUUAUCCAACUCAGCCAUAAUCAUAAUGCGGCUUUUAUUGCAUCAGUUGUGCCUUUCAGGUUUAAUUUGCCAAAUUAGUAUUUUAGUGAAUAACGCUGUGUAUAUUAAAUAAAAAGAUUUAAUGCAAUGUUUUAGAAUUACUAUUUUUUGCCUUUAUUAAUUUUUUCUGCCUUUUGCUAGGAUUUUUAUAUUUGAUGCCAGGCUAUUUCAUGAAGGCUCCUAGGAAUCUUUUGAUCAUUUAGUCGUGAUUCACGUCCCUCGUGUGACUCGCUGCUUUUCCAUGGCCAUUACCAGACUGGCUAUUUUUACUGCUAGUAACAGCAUGUUCUAUAUUUAGCUUAUUUAACUCUGUGAUUGAUCUUCUUUGAAAAAAAUCUAUACUCAGUCACUGUCUACGCAUAAUGUUAACAGACCUAUCAAUAGAGGGACGUUUCUUGUUUGAUAUAUGUUUACAGCAAUUACUAAGCUUAUCAUUAAUAAUAAAUAGUUAUAAAAAAAAGGGACAAAAAAGAUAUAUAGCUUUUCUAUAAAAAAAAAAAAAAAAAUCUCAUCAGCUCUCCCUUAGCCUGCAGUAAAUUCCCCUUUUAAAGUGUAAAGUGAACGUCAACAAAGCAAGCCAAGGAAAAAGAAAUAGAAACCUUAACCUAUUCUUUAAAUAGUAUGUAAAAAAAAAGCUCUUCUGUUAGAGAAGAAAAAUACACACUGUCACACUGUUACUUCUCUUAGCUUUCUCAGUAGCUUCGUUCAUGACUUUUAGGAUGAAAACUACUGCCAAGUGCUGAAUGAUGUAACCGAAAUCCACACUAGUCAGGAAUGUUUGGCAUCUGCUCAGCACUCGAUGUACGUAAUGGAUGGAGUAGAAUUGGCUGAUAUGUUUUAGCUUCCUGGUUCAUGUGCUCUUCAAAGGAAGAAUAUUACUACUACUAUUAUUAUUAUUGGUAUUUACAUAGCGCCAACAUAUUCCGCAGACCUUUACAAUAUUAUGGAAGGGGAAAAUUUAACAAUAAAUAAGACAAUUACAAAAUCAUACAGAAACAAGAGGUUGAUCAGGAUUCUGCUUGGACGAGCUUAUAAUUUAGAGGAGUGGAAUAUAAGGACACAUUAGGGAGCACAACAAGGGGGACAAUAAACAAACAAGGUGGGAAACUAACAGAACUGGAGGUGAGAGUCUAAUGUGGCUCUUUAGAAGAGAGCCAGAGACAGAUUUGUGACAGAAGUUACUUUGUGAGGCCAUAAGCAUUUCUAAACAGAUGGGUUUUGAGAAGAGAUGUGCAUGGGCAAAAAAUUUGGUUUGGCUAGGCACUUCCGAAAUUCGGGACUUCGGCAAUUCGGCACUUCAGAAAUUUGGGAAUUCGGGGUAGGGUUAGAGUUGGGGUUAGGGGUAGAGUUAGGGGUAGGGUUAGGGUUAGAUUCCUGUCAUUAUUCCCAUAAUUUUCCCUCCCACUCUUGGUUUGCCACUUUUCAGAAAUCCUAAGCACUUCAGCACUCCCGAAAUCGGAUGGUUCGGUACGGCAUCCGAAUGUCCGAAUUUACAUUCGGAACGAAGCGAAUUGCACAUGUCUAGUUUUGAGGCAUUUCUUAAACGAUUGAAAACUAGGGGAGAGUAUUUUUAUAUUAUUUUUAUUUAUUGCAUUGUUUUAAUGCAUUAUCUAAAUCAAGCAUUAGAAAUAACAAUAAAUGUAAAAAUGCUAAAUAAUAAAAAUAGUAAGUAAUGAUGGGGGGGGGGGGGUCUUGCUUGAAGUUUAUGCACAGGGUGACCGAAGCCCCGGGGCUGUCCAUGCUCUUAUCCUGUCUAAUUAUUUCAUACUGAUGUCCGUUGCCAAAGUUUAUUUUAAACCUGAGCUGCCUCAUACUAUAAAUCUCAGUCAUAUGUUUUCAUUUCAAGGUUUAGCAUAACCUGGAGGAGCUUGCGCCCAUAAUAUCUUCAGAUAACUGACAGAUUGCAACCUGUACUGUGAUAUGUUUCAUUAGGGCUGCCUUUGUUGGGCACCGGUACUAUACAGUGUUAUACUAGAUAUAUAGGAAACUAUGCUAGACAGGUUUACAGAUUUUGACAUGUAGGAGCAAGAGUCAUGAGGGUCCUUCUGUGAACAAGUUAAAAUAAUGAGGUCUUUUGAUAUCUCCAGGCAAAACCUUGUAUAAUUUCUUACCAACUGAGGAUCAUGAUGAUCAUAAUAAUGCUAAUCAUUGCAUUACCUUUAAAUUAUCUUCUUAUUUCAGAUGUUUGUAUUGUUGAAGUGGUUUGAUGUGGUUUAAGGACCCGCCAGUUCCCUUUAUUCUAACAUUCCAUAAUACUUUAGUUUAUCCCUACAUCUAUGGGACAGUGUUUCAAUGAUCAGUAUUAGUGAUUGAUCUUACUUUAACAGAUACCUAGAUCUUUAUGAGUACUUGAUCUAGAACAUACUUUAUUAGGGAGUGAAAGUGGCGUAGUAUGUAUAACUUGUUUUUUCAAAUGGCUUCAAAAUCUAUUCCAUUUAUCACAACUCACUGGCCUUUUCAGUAAGGUCUACAGCUAGGUUAGGCAAUCUAUGGCACUCCAGAUGUUGUGGACUACAUCUACCAUAAUGUUCUUACAGCCAUAAUAAGGGCAAAGCAUCAGGAGAGAUGUAGAAGAAAAUUGCAGAGUACCAUAGGUUGUCUACCCCUGGUGUAGAGUGUAUUGAUUCAAGUUAUGGGUCUAUUCACAUUUGUAAUUUUGGUUGUUUCUCUGUAGUCUUUGACACCACUUCUCAGUGAUCCACGAUUAACUUAUUCUCCGGGUAUUAUGAAUUUCAGAAAGUCCAAGUUAAAAAUUUUAUGAUAUUUAUCAAUAAUAAUAUUUUUAAUUACAGCCUACAAGAGCCUUGAUAGUUAGUUUCUCUGCAUGUCUGUUCAUCGUGAUUUUGCUGGGUUGUUCUGAUUAAUGGAGAUUGUAUAAUAGUUUUUACUAUUUUAUUUUUUUCUUUACAUUUCUGAGGAUUUCCCCUUUUGAGAUCAACCCUGUCUUUCAUUUCAUGUGCAACUGCAGUUUUGUUGGCUAUAGUCUAGAGGUCUAGGCUGGUUAUUAGGUGUCCUUUAGUUGGCAUUCUUAGUAAUUAUCGGUGUGUAUGUUGGGUGUGUGUUAGACCGGACUAUUUCAUCCCUAAAACUUUGUCUUUUAAACUAUCAAAACUAUUGAAUGGCAUAUGAAGGGCAUUACUUUGUCUAAUUAGAAUUAGCCACGAUCUCCUGUUGAUUAAUACCCAUUUUCUCUUACAUUUCUGCUCUCUCUGGCCUGCUACUCUUACAGAUUGGUCUUCAAAGUACAUUGUUUCAAUCAGCUCAGUUUGGUUAUUAUUCCAUAUAGCUGCCAUCCACCUCUGUCCCUUCCAUUACAUGUUUAGCUUAGGUGCUACCUUUUAGUUAAUUAUACAAUGGGGUGGUCAGGAAUAAGGAAAUAUAUUUCCAUACUUAUGAUAAUAUCCUUUUCUUUAUCAAUGACCACAGCAGUAUUAUGUCCCCAGCAUACAAGAUGAUCAAUAAACAUCCCAUCCUAUGCACGUCAGAGUCUUAGUUUGUUACCUAUUCUAUUUCUGUACCGUAGAGGGUAUCCAUUAAUUCAAGCUGCCAUGGUUAUUGAUCAGAAAAAAUAGAUUUGAAUAAAGAAAGUAUGGAAACAAUUUUUGGAGUAUUAUAUCUUAAAUAUUAAAAAAAAUACAAAAGAUUAUAGCAUUUUUUGAAAUUAGUCAACUUUGAAAGUCUUGUGUAUUGGGCCAAUAAUCAUAGCUAACUGUUUUUUUUCAAUAAUCGCAGUUUUUAACAAAAGCCCUAUUUACUGCAAUUUAAAAUGAUUUUAUAUCAUUCAGAAGCUCAGAAGAUGUCACGUUUUACUGUAUAUUUCUACUGUUUUCUAAAAAUACCAGUUAAAUGAUAUCCAUAAGAGUGGUGCCUUUUCCUAUAUGAUCAAACUAUGUAAGUCUAUUUUAUUUUUGUACUGUAAAGUAAAUACAAAAUAAGUGGAGCACUUUCAAAUAAUAAAUAUUGUAGCAAUGCAUGUACGCGAAGAACACUGCCAACAAUUUACUCCGCAAAAGAAUAAAAGAUAGCCCCAAUCUUGUUUCUUUAUGUUCAAAUACAACAUGUAAAAUCACAGAACAUAAAGCAUAUAAUAGAUCUAUUACAUCUAAUUACCAGUGAAAUUUGUAUUAAAUGGACAUUGUGUCUGAAGAGUUACGUGUCAUGUUCUUUUCUGUGUUCAUUGCACUUGGGAUUUGCAUUACAAACGUCGACAAACCUAAUUGUGGCCAUUUACUAUCCUUUUAUCAUAUAUGUUGUUACCGGUGUUUUCUGUGAUUAUACAGAGAUAUUAGGUUUAUUACUUGAUAACACUCCACUUAUUUUGUAUUUAUUUUUUAGCGGUUUAGACGGGAAUAGUUAACUAAAGUAUUUUAUUUAACCAUAGUGUUGAUUCGGUCUCGUGUGUGAUCGCAAUUUAUUAUUUUUAUUUCAUUUUUCUCCUCCGGCUGUCAAUUUUCCAAUAGUGCAGUAUGUUUAAAUAUCUCAGAUGUUCAAGUGCAUAAGAAAAGUAAAAAAAACAAACAAAAAAAAAAAAUCUUCAUCCAUGUCAGGAAGCUAUUUGUAAUUUCUAUUUAUUUUUUCACAUAUCGGUACAUUUUCUGUUUUCUUUUAUUUCUUCUGAUCUUUGAUAUCCCAUAUUACACAGUGUUUUCCUUGGUUGUACCUUAGGUUUUCUAAAAAACAAUAAUACCUUAUGUUUUAUAUUUUGACUUUUUUUUUGUUUUGUUUUAUAUAUGAAUAUCCUUGCGUGAAAAAUACGAAAUUUGAAAAUGGAAAAAACAAAACAAUGUUUAACAGAAAAUGUAUCUAAAUAGUUUUUUAUUCUUAAAUUGUUAAAUUCCUGUUCCCUCACAUAUGAUAUGGAUACAUAUCAUAAGGCUAUGGUUCUGAAAAGGUUUAUUUUGAUAGCUCUUUAUUGCGCGUUAGCAUUUACAAAGGAUACAUAGCCUUUUUGGGAACUAAUUUUGGGACUAGUUACACCAUAUCCCAUUCCAGCGUCAUCCAAUGCUACUGCCAUAAGCAACAUAUUCACUAUAGCUCUUCACCUACUGUUCCAUUGUGUCAUAAAUGUUUUGUUAGAAUUAAAUGUUUGUGUGGUUCACUAUUGUAUAGCACUGCAGAAUAUAUUGGGACUAUAUCAAUAAUUGUAAUUAUAUCGUUUAGUAUAGUGGCUAUUCUGCCAAGUGUGUUUGGGAACAGUCUACCAUUUUUUUUGUCAAGUUUGUGGCCUCUGUAUGCCGCAAUAACCCUGGAUUUAUCAAAUCGAUCUCCAUAUAUAGCCAGUUAGUUAGACUGUAAUAGUUAUAUCAGUUUUAACUUUUAGUAUGGGUCCUGUGUGUUCAAAAAUGACUCAUUCUUCUAAAAGAGUCCAUUGUACAGCCCUACAGAAUUUGCUGGAGCUAUAUAAAUAAUAAAAUAAUAAUAAUAUUAAUAAUAAAAUGUUUUAUUUGUACUGUACAAGGUCAUUUUCUAUAUAACCGUCAAUAACUAUUUUGACACAUGGCAACAAAGUCCAAACAAAUAAGAUGGUGAACUCUAGAGGACAUACAUUAUUAUUAAACCCAUGAACUGUAGAUGGUUGCUAGAUUUCCUCUUUUUAUAAUGGGAUAUAACUUUAGAAGCAUCAUACAAACUUGGUCUGCAGGUGAUGUAACUCUACAACAGCUCGGGAUCUUCUUUCUAGAUCUGUCUCUUGUGGGGAAUAUUAAAUUAAAACAUACGGCCAAUCAUAUAUCAUAGGAUAGUGCUUAAAUCUGUUUAUAAAGUAUAUCUCCGUUCUAGUACCCUUCCACUGGCAAAACCAAUGAAGGAGUAAUGCAUUAUGGGUCAAUCUAGCUGGGCUUAAUAUAUUGCACACAUUCCUAAUCAUCAAAAAUACAAUUUCAGCUAUUAUCAAUGAUCAAUUAUAUCACUGCUGUUCAAAUACUUCUUAUAUAGCCACAAUCCACAGAGUAUGGAGCUGGGCCUACCCGAGAGGGUGCACGGAGUCCGUUUUCGCACACAAACCACUGUAACAAAUAUUGCAGAAUGUCCUCAAUUCUUUAGUAUCUUUAGUAUCUGGAUAUACUGGAGUAUUAAAUAUUCUGUUCUACUUUGUCAGGCUCCCAGAUACAAACAGGCUCAUGUCCACAUAAAUGAAUCAACAUAUAUUCUUUAUUAUUUAUGACAAUUUGUCAUAAAUAAUCCCGUGUCUUCUCACAUGCAGUUAUGAUGAGGUCACUGUAUAGGCCAAUGUUAACCUUGUUGUUCAAAAUAAUAUCUUCAGUCUCAAUCAGCCUUGUGAACACUUUUUUGACACUCUAUAAACCACAAGUCUUAGCUGGUUCUACAGCUGUAGCUAUAGGUGACUUAUUGCAUAAAAAAUAAUAUAGUGUGUAAGUAGUAAAAACAAAAUGUCCUCCAGCAAGAGUACAUUUGUGGUAAAUCAAUAUUCCCGAUUUCCAGCUGUUGUGAAAUCUCAACUAUCAUGGUCCUGGGAAUUUUAGUUAACGUGAAAAAAAUUCUGCCUUGACAGUGGGUGAAGGGUCAUGGGAUUUUUAGUUUAAAAACAACAACUAAGAGAGUAGAGAGCUAUCUUUUGGCAUUAUCUAUUCUAGAGUAUCAUGACAGGACGUAAUGGUAAGAGUUGCAUGCAGGUAUGUGUUCUAGAUCACCUUUGACUUUGUCUACAUUCUAGAAUGGGUGAGACCCUUCCAACUAGCGAUCAUGGUCUAGUCGAGAGGACAAAAUAUUUAAUUUCCUCUUCCGCAUUUCUCUUUUGCGUUCACUCAUGGGCAGUGGAAUAUGAUGUCAUAUCCGUGUGCCCUGGCCUUUUAUAUACUGAUGUUACUGAAGAAAGGGAAAGAGUUAAGUGCCAGUAGAAGCACAAAUCUCCUGCUCCUCUUAUUAUAACACCAGAUAUUGUUUUAGACGCGGGAUACAAAGCAACCAAACAAAGUUCCAGGAGAAAUUAUGUUUAUUCCAAGUCAGGUUGCAGCAAUGUAAACCUGAGAUAAUUGGGCUGACAGGCUGUGUGAAAAAAAGAAAGUGAUAAAGCAAUUUAAAACAAUUAAGCAGCGCGCAUUCUUAUAAUCUUUUGUGUUAUUCCAUUCAUAUGUAUGCUUCAUUGAAGGGCACAUUUAUUAUUUUUAAUUAUGAGACAUAUUAAUCAUGAAUAUGUUACAUCAAAUAUUUCUAAAUCGUUUAAUCUCAAUAUGUCGUUUGCUUUAUUUUACGCAGGCCCGCCAAUGCGACAAGCAGGACGGGAUUACAAAAGCCAGAAGUGAAGCUCAUGUGAGUUUGUAAACUCUGUUUCUACUUUCAGUCCACCAUCUAUCUAUAUCUACGUCUAUGUAUACCACUAUGAUAACAUGUUAUUUUUAUUUAUUUUUUUAUAAUUCUUUAUUUUUGCAGUGCAUGCAGAUAAUAUACAAAUAAGCCUGCAAUGCCCCAACAGCCAAGACAAGCACGUCAACAAUAACAGUAGCAUAGACAUGUGGCAUUGUGCAAGUACAGCACUAAUUUUAUUUUUUGGUAUAUUCAGGCUAGUCAUAUAUGUCUAAAGUGAGUAGGAUCAACUAAGUGAAAAUGUUAUCAAGACGUUCUAGACAUAGAUAUUAGUUGCUUAAAGAUAGUACUGUAUAUGAGAACAUGCUUAACUACGUAGUGUAUCUAAGUGAAAGUAGUGUUAUGUUAUACUGCACUUUAGUAGAAGCAUAAGGAAAAAUAAAAAAUAGACAAGUAAGAACACUGUGCAUAUGAAAUUGAACAGUAGGUUAAUGCAUAAUUAAGUGGAAUGCAUGGGGAGUAUUAAUAUAGAGACCCCUUAGGCAGGCUAGCCCUGAGUCUCACAUAAAAGGAACAGGUAAGAUUAUCUCUAAGCAUAUGAUACUGGGACAUUAUGCCUUAGGUAGAGAAUGCAAUAGCUCAACUUUGGGUUUAACCUAUGCCCUGCAUGGGCAGCACAGAGUCCCUCCACGAGUAUCUCAAGUCCAGGUUGAUGGUCACAAGAAGGUAGUCGAGUAAGCUUUCUGGUGUCUGCCUGUUCCCUCUUGGUUCCGAGAGCCUGUAUGGAGCAUGGUGCCAGGUGAUGGCUUUGCGGUGGUCAAUGGGCUGCAUUUUGCCUGUCUCUGUGUCCAGUAGUGUCGUUGCGCUACUCGGGCCUGGGCAUGGUAGGCCGCACCUGCCGCCCGCAUGGUCACUGACUAUGUAGUCACAGAGACGUUACUGCAGGGCUCAGACGUGCUCUCAGCUUGUCCCAAAAGGCCUCACAAAUGAGGUCAAGGUGCUGCAGGACAUCACUGAACCCUCCGUCAGAAUCAUAGUAGCACGCGGCGUCCUCCAUCUUGCAUGUAAAUAGUUUAAGCUUUGCCGCUGCAGUACUGCUGCGCCUGCAACACAGGACAUGGGCUUCUGAGAGGUAGACCAGAAUUACCCCCUCGGUCCCAAGGGGGGGGAAAUGGGGCACCAAGCAGCUGCACAAUACAGGAGCGGAGAGUGACCGCCUCUCCACUCCCUCGGAUGUUCAGGGCCUUCAGGCCGACACACAAUCCCCUUCAGUGUAAGCAUCUGAAGACAGAAAAUAAUUGUAUGGGAGUAACCCCACGCUGCGCAGGAGUACCACCGAGGUAGGUAGCGUGAUCGCUUGGGUUAAAUUGCAGGAUUAUAGCUCGUUUAGGAGGUCAUAGUCUGGAGCUGCAUCGAGAUGCGUCCGACCAGCAUGACGGCCAGGCCCCCAUACUCGCAGACACAUACCUACUGUGAAUAUAAAAAAACAUUCUCGCAUACAAAUAAUUAACAAACCACAUACUGACAUGCACAUACAAAAACAAGCCCCACUCACAUAGUGUAUGCAUAACUAACAACACUAAGUCAUUACAUAUACCCAACAACACAUUUGUCCUCAGCUAGCCACACUCACAUUAUUGUAAAGGAAGGAAGGAGUAGUGAGAGAGAGGUGGGGAGGAGAGAUGUGAUGCUAAAUUAUUGGGUGGUGUUGGGAGGGGCAGGAAAGCUGUGAUGCACAGUCUCCUUUUUGCUCAUUCUGCACGGGAUUAACUGUUACAGGCAGUGGAUUACUGAGUGGAAGUUCAGUAAAUGGUGGGGCUUACUUCACAUUAACGUUAUGUGCUUCUCUGCUAUGACUGGGUGCCUGGCAUGCCAUUAACUGCUUGCUGAUGGCACCUACCGUAAAUAAAAUAAAGGAAUCUUUAAAAAGCCACGCUCUGGAAUCCUGCCUGUGCCCAGGCCGAGCCACACUGUGCAUCUGCUAAAAAAAAAAUUUAAAUAUUGUAUUGUAUUUCCCCAAAUUUAUACAUAGAUAUUGACAUUCCAUUAUUAUUAGCAUUUAUGUAUCACCAACAUUUUCCGUAUCGCUUUACAGUUAUGCAAGGUGGAUAUUCCACAAGUAAUUACGGCAUUCAAACACAAAAACAAUAUUAACAGACACAGGAGGUGCAGAGGGCCCUGAUCAAACAAGUUGUUUUUCUUUUUUUUUUUUUUUUUCCAAAUUUUUAUUGGGUAAUAAUGCAGGAUUACAACAUCUGUUUUGCAAUAUACAAUCUGGUAUCAACGAACUUUUGUAUGUUAUACAUUGUUACCAUGCUUGAGAGUCCAGAACGGUUGUGGUAACUGUUCGAGCACGUUACGUUUUAGCAUUCGUUUGUGUGCGGUACCCUUGGACAAAGUACUCGAGUGCGGUUUGAUUUUAGACGUUGUUCACUUUGCAUGGGUGGUGUGUUAUUAACAUACAGGUAGAAAUCAAAACAUAAUAUAACAUAACAUAACAGUACAUUGGGGUGGGUGAUGAACUUUCCUGGUAUAGCUAGUAUGUACCAUCGUGGCGUAGAACCUCAUCAGUGUGGAUUGUUGCGUUGUGGUAGAUUUGUCUGUUUGGGUAUGUGGGUCUAUAGUCUUUGUGGAGGUGUGUUACGUAUGAAAGUUAACCAUGGUUCCCAAGUGGCCGUGUAGUCGUGGUAUUUGAGUGAAAAGGAGUACGCUAGCUCCUCCAUUUCUCUGAUAGCGUCUACCCUUUCUAUCCAGGCUCUGAUCGUAGGGGGUGCAGUUUGCUUCCAUUUGGUUGGGAUGAUGGCGUUUGCUGCCGUUAACAGGUGGUUGAUCAGUGUGCGUGAGUGUUUGGGUAGGGGGCUGGGGUACAUUAAAAACAACAAGACUUUAGGGUCUUGGGGUAGUUUGUGUCCCGUGAUGGUGCGAAUAACGUUUGUUAUUUGGGCCCAGAAUUUACUUAUUAUUGGGCAUUGCCACCAGAUGUGGCUUGUGGUUCCCUCCGCUUUCUUGCACCUCCAGCAUGUGUUUGGUGCAUUUGGGAAGAAUCUGUGGAUGCGGGAUGGUGUGUAGUGCCAUCUGGCUAUUCGUUUGUAAUUGCUCUCAUGUGUGCUGUUGCUUUUGGAUGUGCGGAAGACAUUGGCGAAUAUUUUAUACCACUCUUUGGUUUGCAUUUGUAUCCCCAGCUCUGUUUCCCACUUGGAUGUAUAGGUAGGUAGGGGUUCGUCUUUUCGUCGGCAUAAUUGUUUAUAGAAGGAGGAUAUGUGGCCCCUCCGGAUGCUGUGUUGUGCGCAUUGGGUCUCGUAUAGAGUGUGGGUUCUAUGGCCUUGUGAUAGUGGUGGAUUUGUGCUUAGAAAGUGUUUGAGUUGCUCGUGUCUCAGUCGCGUCAUUCCCGUUUGCGAUUCAAUGGGUAGUAGUUGUUCAAAGGGAGUGACCCCCUGGUCCGUUAGGACAUCUCCCAAAGUCAGUGUAUGAGCUUGUUUGGGGAAGUUUCUAAACGCCCUGUGGUCCAUGCCUGGGGGGAAGGAGGGGUUUCCUGUUAGUGGGUAGAGUGGUGAUGGAUGUGGUGCUAGGUGUUUGUCUCUCCUAAUGGUCGACCAAAGUUUCACUGUGUGUGUGAUUGUGGGGUGAGAGGUCCCUGAGCGCGUUUUCGUGUCGGUCUUGUUAGCGAGCCAGGGUAUGGCAUAUAUCGGUGUCGUGAGAAAGCUGGCCUCAAUCUGUACCCAUUGGGCUGUGUUUUUAGGGUAUGACCAUUCAUAAAUCCUCGUGAGGAUAAUGGCUUUGUGGUAUGUUUCCAGAUCUGGUAGGCCUAGUCCUCCUCGUUGUUUGCUUUUUGUGAGGCAUUCGUAUUGUAGCCUCGGGGGUCUACCUGACCAUAUAAAGUUGUUGAAUAGUCGCCUGGAGAGGGAGAAGAAAGGUCUUGGUAUUUUAAUAGGCAAGGUUUGCAUUAUAUAUAGAAACUUGGGGAGAAUCAUCAUCUUUAAGAUGUGGAUUCUGCAUAGCCAACCGAAUUGUGGUUUAUUCCACGAUUUGAGUUCGGUAUCUACUUUGUUUAGAAGGGUUGUGUAGUUAAGGGCGUAUAGGAGUGACAGUGUGGUUGUGAGUUGGACUCCCAGAUAUCUAAUUGACUCUGUGGGCCAGUGGAAUGGAUAGGUGAUGCGGAGCGCUGUUUGUGUGGCGUUCGGUAUGUUGAGCGGGAGUAUCUCGCUCUUGCCCAUGUUUAUUUUGUAAUUGGAGACUGCAUUAUAUGCCUCUAUCUCUUGUAUAAGGUGUUGUAGGGAUGUUUUUGGAUUAGAUAGGGUGAACAGUAGGUCGUCCGCAAAAGCGGAGACCUUGUAUUCCUGCUCUGCUAUUUUAAUGCCAGAUAUGUUUGGGUUGUCUCUUAUUCCUUGUAGGAAUGGCUCCAUGGUGAGGAUGAAGAGUAGUGGGGAGAGGGGACAGCCUUGCCUAGUACCAUUGGUUAUUUGUACGGUAUCUGACAAUUGGCCGUUCACACGCACUUUUGCUCCCGGUUUUGAAUAUAUGGCUGCGAGCCAUUGUAUCCAUUGUUGGCCGAAGCCCAGAGUUUUCAUUGUGGCCAUGAGGAAGGACCAGUCCACCCUAUCAAAUGCCUUCUCGGCAUCUAUAGUUAAAAUGAGGCUCUGGGGUCCUUUUCCUUUGGCUGUGUGUAUCAGGCUUAGGAGUUUCGUAGUGUUAUGUUUGGCCUCCCUAUUCGGUACAAACCCUGAUUGAUCCGGGUGUAUCAGUCCGUUCAGGAGUGGUUUCAGCCGGUUGGCAAGAAUCUUAGUGAAGAUUUUCAAAUCACAAUUUAUAAGAGAGAUUGGGCGGUAGCUCCCACACUCCUCUAGGUCCUUUCCGGGUUUGGGGAUCAAUGUGAUGUGGGCUUCUAAGGAUUCUACUGGGAGUUUGUGUCCUAAAGCCAGUGAAUUGAAGGCAUUGACAAAGGGUUUGCAGAGCAGAUUUGUGAAUGUUUUGAAGUACUUGGUAGUGAAGCCGUCGGGUCCUGGGCUUUUGCCUAUGGGGAGGUUUUUAACUACCAGUCUAAAUUCUUCGUCUGUUAGGGGUCCUUCAAUGGAUUGUCUUACGUUUGUGGGGAUCGUUUGCGUGAUUCUGUUAGAGAGGAAAUGGGUUAUUUCCUCUGGUCGUGGUGGCGUCUGUCUGAGGUUAUACAGGUUUGUGUAGAAGGCGUGGAAUUCUUUAAGUAUGGCUGGGAGUAGGUGAGUGCGUGUCCCGUCUUUGCUUUUGAUCGUGGUUAUGUAUGUGCGUUGCGUGUUUUGCUGAAGGGCUUUGGCUAGCAUUCGCCCGCAUUUUCCUCCUUGAGUGUAAAAUGAAUAUUUGGUGUGAGUGAGUGAUCGUUUGAUUUUGGAAUUUAGCAGGGUUUGUAGGGUUGUGCGUUUGUCAACUAGUUGUUUAUAGAGGUCUAGGGAGAGGUUGUGUUUGUGUGUCUGUUCAAUUAGGCGGAUAUCUCGCAGGAGAUCAUUGAUUUGGGCAUCUUUCUUUUUCUUGAGUUUGGAGGCUAUAGCUAUGAUGUGUCCUCUCAUUACUGAUUUAUGAGCUUCCCAGGUUAUUGUCGGGGAUAUGGACGGGGAUGUAUUUUCUUCAAAGUAGUGUUGUAGUGUGGUUGUUAGUGUAUCAACCGUGGCUGUGUCAUUCAGCAUGGUGUCAUUUAGUUUCCAUUGGAAGUUGUUGGGUGUCAGAGUUGGGAUUUGAAAAACUAGAGACAAGGGGGCGUGGUCCGACCAUGUGAUCAAGCCAUACUCACAUGAUUGAAUUAAGUGUAUAUGUCUGUGAGGAACAAAUAGCAUGUCCAGACGAGAGUAUGUGUGUUUGACCGUUGAGUAAAAAGAGUAGUCUCGUAUUUGUGGGUGUAUGGUUCUCCAGCAGUCGAAUAAAUAAGAUUUGUCUAAUAGUCUGGACAUCGUGGUUCUGGUAGCGGCGUUGUAUGUCGUGGAGCUGGAAGUAGUGUCUAAUUCCGAGUCAAGGGACAUGUUUAGGUCACCUCCGAGUAUAAGAAUGCCUUCGACAUGUUUUUCGAUUAUGUUGAGGUAUUUGCGUAGGUGCUUGUGUUGUUUGGUAUUUGGCAGGUAGAUAUUUGCGAAAGUUACAAUUGUAUUGCCAAUUUUGCCUUUAAUUAUGAGCAGCCUACCGUUUGGAUCUGUGUAUUGGUAUGUGUGGGUAUAUGGUGUUUGUGCCCCUAUGAGGAUGGCUACUCCUCUGGAUUUUGCGUCCGUGUAGGAGCUGAAGUAUCCUGUGGGGUAGUGUCUGUUGCGAAUAGUGAUGGUGGAGUCUGCUUUUAGGUGGGUCUCUUGAAGAAAUGCCACAUCAGCUCUAAGUUUGUGGAGUUCGUGUAGCGUUAGUGCUCUUUUUGUCGGGGAGUUAAGACCCCUGACGUUGAGGGUAACUAUGUUGAGGUUUGCCAUGAUGGAAAUUGUGUGAACUGUGUGAUCUGUCGUUCACGUAUUGUGUACCAGGGGAAGAUAACCGAUAACAAAUAAACUAUGUACAAAAUUGUGUGUAGGCAGGUGGAGCAAGAAAUUGAGAUGUUUAAUGUUGACGGGAAGGGUUGGCAGCCUUGUCUGUCGGUGGCUUUCCCCUUGAGAGGCUUUAGGGCCUAUGGGGAGUUGCACGUGCACCGCUUUGGCCGCUCAAGUCUUUCCACCUGCUAUCGAGGUUUUAUUUUCGUGGGAGGUGGUAGGUUGGGGUGUUGUUAUUAAAUGUCUCGCCAGAGACGGGCAAUCCUAUGGAUAGUUGUCAGUAGUGAGUAGUGGAUCAGGCAAGGGGAUCAAAUUAGUGGGACAGGUAAGAUUAUGUGUUUGUGGAGCAGGUCGAUUUUAGAGGAAAUGAUCCAGAAAAGAGGGGGGGGGCUGGAGGCUGCUUGCCUCUAGUGGGUUGCCUAAUGGUCUAGGGGUAGGCUUUAUGUGUCCCCUUGGGCAUGGGCUCUGCCUCGUAGUUGGAGGAGGCUUGCAUCUCAAUUGCUUGCUCGGGUGUGCAUAAGAAGUGUAAAGUGAGACAAAUAUUAUUCCCAUAACAAUUGCAGCUCUCCCAAAGAACAUAAAAUCGAAAACCAUCCAUUAAUUGACAUAUCAUGGUAUACAUUUCCCGGUAAGACAAUCAAUCAGAUCUCAAUUGACCUCAGGGGCAUUUCUUGAGGUUGUUGCCAAGGGGAAGAGGGGUUAGUAGUGAGGGAGUGGGGAAGGGGACAGGGGAAUGGGAGUGGUAUACCGUUACCCGAGAUGCCACUCAGUGUCUUUAUGAGAGUGGUAGAUUAUUAGGCUAAAGGGGGAGGGGGGGCUGGGGUGAUUUAGGGGGUGAGGGGAGGCCUUAUGCUUGUCAGCAGAGCCUGUACAUAUACAUUCAUUUACGGUAAAACAUACAUAUUUAUUAUUAUUUUUUUAUUUUUUAUUUUUUUUCUCUCAUACCCCUCCGGAGUGCCAUUGCCUCAUGUUUCUGUGUGUCCUCUUCCCUGCUGACAGUAUGUGGUCUUUCAGUCCAGAACCAGUGUCAUCUAGGAGUGUCGGUAGAGUGGAGAGUCUCCUUUUCAUAGAGCUCGCGGACCGAAGCAAGUCUAGGUUGUCGUGGGAGAUGUCCUGAUUUGUAUGUUUUCUUGUGAUGCUCAGGUAUUGUGUCCCUAGGGUGGGGCCUUGAGAUGCAGUCUCUGUGGGUAGAUUUCUGGAUUAUUAGUGGUCGUAAUAGAUCUCUGGAUCUUAGUUGGGUCCUUGUCGAUUGGGGCAGUGAUUUCUUAGUUGGUGGUCGUCGUCAUGUGCCUUGGGUCCCAUCGAGGGGCCGGGGGGCCUGCUCUCGGUCUGGGACCUCCUUGGUGGUGCGUUUGGUCGUUGCUUCUGCGUUUGGAUGGCGUCUGCCCUCUUUGCUUGUGGGACAUCUGCGAGCGAUUUGGGGGUUGUAGCGGCCCAUACCAGUCUGGUAUGUAUAUGUCCGGUAGGUCUAGGGCCGAGGUGAAGGCCCGCACAUCCUCUGCUGAGGAUAAAGUUGCUGUUGUACCAUUGUGCGUGGCAGUAAGGGCCAGAGGGAAUCCCCAGCGGUAUCUUAUGUUCCUAGAGCGCAGUAGGUCUGUGAGGGGUUUCAUUGUCCUUCUCGCCUGCAGCGUCAUCCAGGAGAGAUCUGGGAAGAUUUGCACAGGUAUCUCAUGGAAUAGCAGCGGUUGUGUCGUCUGGCGGAGAUUUCUGAGUAUGUCUUCUUUAAUAGAGUAGUAAUGCAGUCUGCACACUAUGUCUCUGGGUGCCUCUGCCAUGGGGUUUCUGGGCCUGAGUGCCCUGUGGGCUCUGUCCAGUGCUAUAGGGGUUGAUACAUCUCUUUGCAGUAUAAGAUUGAAUAGCUCUUGGAGGGUAACCUUUAAAUCUUCCCCCUCUUUUUCUGGGAUGCCCUUUAUUCUUAAAUUGUUUCUGCGCCCUCUGUUAUCUAAGUCAUCUAUCAUUCUAUUCAUGGAUGCUAUUUGGGCAUUUUGUGCUGUUAGUGUACUUUGGAGAUUUUGCAUUUGUGUGGCUGUGUAGUCUUGGUCACUUUCUAGUAAGCUGACCCUUUCACUGACCUGUGUUACUUCUGCUGUGAUGUCGUCCAUUUUUUUCUGGAAAGUCACCUCCAGUUUUUGCAGCAUGUUUGCAAGGUCUUGCUUAGAUGGGAGGUUUCUCAGAAUCUCCCUCAGGUCUUUGUCUUUUUCCCUGUCCAGAUCCAGUGACAGUGUGUCAGAUGCUGCAGGGCUGGAUGGGGGUGAUUGGGAGAAUUCAUCCGGCGCCAUAUUGGGGCCUGCAUGGUCGGGCUGCUGGUUGCCGUGAUCUUUGAAAUAUUUGGUGAGCGCUCCGGUUUUCGGCCUUUGCAGUUUGCCGGCUUGUUGGGAGGCUGUGGACAUUCUUUUGGGGUGUCCCAUUUUGUUAAUUAAGCCUGAUGGCUGCGGAUUGCCCGUCGCGGCGCUCGGAGCUCCGUUUUCAAGCGGCCAUUCUCGGUCGCGGCUAGCUCCGCCCCCACAAGUUGUUUUUCUUUGUAAUGUCUACUCAAUUAUAUUUGACAUUCCUAAUUUGAUUAGAUAUUUAAUGUAUGAAGAUAUUUCAUUUUAAAGAAGCUUGCUUUUAUCUUCUGAUAUACAACUUAACAUGUCUGAAGCAUUAAAAAUGUAUUUGGUUGUUUUUAGGACAUACGGUAAAAGCUUAGUUGUUAUAGGAGUAUUACAUUUUCUGGUUUACCAUUGUGGGUGACUUACAUAAAUAAUACAUCUCUGAAAACAUUCACUUUUAUCUUUCAGGCGUAUCCAGUGUACGUAAUUGUAACAAAAAUGUUUACAAGAUUUCUUGGCAUUUAGACAUUUUUUGACAAAUAUAAUGGCAUAUUAUAAGCCACAAAAGGGAUCUUCACUAAAAUGUUAAUUGUUAGAAAAUCCCGUAGGCACUAUACCUAGCCGUUCAAACAUCUGGACUCCUUACCUGUGUAGACACCUUCCCUCCCCCGUCCAUGAAAAUAGAGGUGAAGGAAACUAGAAAAGGGAAGUAUUUGUGUUAUUUUAUGUGUGUGUAAAUUAGUGUGAUUGUGUGGGUAUGUUAGUGUGGGUAUGUGUGUAAGUCAAAGUGAUUAUAUGUUACCAAGGGGUUUCUUGGAAUUAGAUAAGGUAGAGAUAAAUAAAGGUCUAAUGUUGAGACAUUUUAUUGGUUUUCAUGAUUAUUGCUCCUUAUUUAGCAAUUUACCAUAGAAUCACACAUGAUUUGUGUUAAUACAUUUUGGUUUGACCACAUGGACCAAUAACUCUCCAACAAGUUUUAAUAAAUGCAUUCUUGGUGGAAGUUCAUGACUGCGGAACUGGAGAUAUUUCUGAGUUUUGCUUCCAAUAACACCCAAUUUGGUUGAUUUGAAGACUAUCUUGGCUACUUUUGGAUUUACGCUUCUUUUGCAGCUUGAUGGCCUCAGACAAGAAUUUUGACAUUCCAUGUAUCUUUCUAUCCUAAAUUCUAAACAUGUCUUCUUCCUCUUUGUAAAAAGUACAAUAGUUCCUGGAGAUAUGUUUACUGAAAUGGGCUAGAACAACUACCAAAAAUUAUAAAGUUUUGCUCAAACUUGUAUUGACUGUACACCAUUUUCUUGGAAAUGUUAGAUAGAAUUGAAGGGAAACUUAGGCUGUGCUUCCAUCCCUACCCCAGUUAUGUCAAAUCCAGCAUAUGUCUCUUUACCUAAUGUUAUAUUCCACCAGUCUCGAACUGUGCAAAACCUACCAUGAGUUCACUCAACUCUACGUAUAAGCAGCAAAAUUUACAACUAAGGAGCACAGUGUAACCAAGAAAUGAAGGAAUCCUCAAAUUCUUGAUUACACUCUGGACCCAAAUUGUACAUUUUGCUCUCUAUACCACUUAUGCUGAAGGACAAAUAAUAAGUAGUCAUAUAGUGCAGUAUUCUGGCUAUAUUUUGUCAUUAAACUCAUACUAUACAUAUAUAAAUAUACACCUAACUUUUACACUGUUUUUUGUUAUAUUGUUAAAUAAUUGUGCAUGCCUGUCUUAUUGACUUAUUAUUAUUAUUAUUAUUUUUGGUUGCUUUUUAAUCAUAAAAGAAUAGUGUAUUUUAAAAGUAAAUUAGAAUUUUUAACAAAUUUUGAAUUUAGAUAAAAAAAAUCUGAUUAUUAGAUAUGAAGUUAUAAGGUGGAAAAAUCAACACUUAUUUGUAUUCUUAAAAAUAUGCAUUUAUUGCUUUUUUAAAGUUUUAUUGAUACAAUUCAAAAUCUAUCACAUUCGAGUUUAUAGAGUAUAAAAAAAAAUAUGUUGCCUUGUGAUUAUAUUCUCCUUGCUCUGAGAGUCAAGUUCAGAGUCUGGUUUUUUUUUAAUAUAAUUACCUUCGAAUGCUAUUAUUUAAGAAACAUGCUUACACUUGUUCCCCAUUCAAAAGUCAUUUAGCAGCCCAGCCCCCAGCUUGUUCAGUUCCUUUGUCUGAGAAAAACUUCAAAGGAUGUAAAUAUGUGAAGGUGCUAUUUUUAACCCUUAGCUUUAUUCGUCCAUUUUUGUAGUGGUUGCUCUAGAUUUCAUAGUUCCUGUUGGAUGCAAUGUUAUAUUGUUUUAUUUCCAUUAACCUACGCUGUGAUAUUGGAGUAGGGGAACCAUGCAGACAUAGGAGGUAUAUAACUAGAGGCAGUUGCUCAUACACCACAAAUGUCCUAUAUUUGGCAGGUCAGUCCUGAUUUCGGGCCCCAUACACAACCAUCCCGCAUUAAUACUCAAAUAAAUUCAGUAAGAGCUGUUUAUUAAACACAUUUACGCAACAUUAAAAACUCAGGGCUAUUAGGCUCAUACACAGCUCGCCAGCAGCAUUUUACACACGGGCUAUCCCAAAUGCCUUUUUGAGAGAGUCUGCAACCCCAAAGUGGCAUUAUGUCACUACCAAACUCCCUUUGUCCUGUUAACUUCAUGUCCUGCUUGAAUACCUUCCAGUAUGAGAGAUAUGCCAGUGGUCCACAGUAAAACAAAAUAAAAAAAAAUACAAUAAUAAAAAACUGCACAGAUUUAUGAAUUUGUUUUAUCAUGGCAUGUUUAAAGAACCCUAUAACUUAAACAUUGUGCUAUUACGGGAUGACUGGAAAUGAGGCAUGGAACUGGGAGGCUAUGAGUUAGUUAGCAUACAGGAUUUGUGGACUUCUGCCUAAGAGCCUAAUUCCUAUGUUUAUCAAAUCAGCUGAAGUUGAAAGGGGAUGUUUAUUAGAUGAGGACUGCAGGAAUGAAGCAACAGCCCUUGACAGUUUGGGUUUAUGGAUGGUUGGUGGUCCAUAAUCUCAAUAUUCACCAAGUCUGCAAGUCUGGACUGGCCACUGGAAUAUUUACCACCAGACUACAGGAUCUGAGACUGAUCAAGCUGCCAUUUUAUUAUGUGUAUGUAUGAUGUGUGCAAGUGUUUGCUUGUGGCUGUGGGGUGAAAUUACACAUUGAUGCCAAUAGAUAUACGUACAUAAUACUGAAAGGCACAGUCCUUUUCUAUGGCACUCAUCCAGAGAACCAGCUCCAUAGAAUUUCUCACAGAGCCUACAGCUGACAUUCCAGGUGGAAUUUAGGUCAUUUUAUUCCUCUGCUCAACAUCUAAGUUCCUCAGAGACUUUCUCAAAGUUUUUCUCAUAACAUAUAAUGAACUAACCAAAGCAUUGAAAGAUACAUGUAAACAUUUGGCCAUACACUAAUUGCAAUCACCAUAGUUACACAUAACUAUGUAAUUAAGUGCUAACAGUGAUAUUACAUAAUAAUGUUACAAUAUAUUAUGUUAAAAAUUGAUAAAAUAUGUUAAACAAAAUACAAAUACAAUGCUUAACUUUUCUUCUAAUUUUAUGGGAAUUUUUGUUGCACUUUAUGAAACCUGUCUGACUUUUCCAUCGGUUGGUUUUUUUUGUCAUUUUUUUUUUCAAUUUUAUUUUAUGCCAUUAGAUUGGAUUUAUGAAUUUUUGCUCCAUUUGCAGAAAAGUGAUGGAAUUUUUCCCGUCACUGUUAAUUUGACGAUAUUCUGAAAAGGAAAUUUCUGCGGAUAACUGGUGGAAUUUAAUAUAAAAAAAAAACAUUGCUCGCUAGAUCACAACAAAUACAACCAAACUAAAGACAAAAUGUGGCCAUCACUUUUCAGAACCCUUUGAUAAAUAUCCUCCAAUGUGUUUAAAAAUGAAUGUUUGUUUAAUUCUGUGGAGGGAACUAUUAUACUAUAUUUUCUUCUUAUAAUGCUCAUGUAUAGGUUUAAAAGAGAUACAAGUUUAAAAUUUAGAAUGGUUUACAAUGUAUGAAUCUGGGUGAUUUUUUGUUGCAUUCCAUAUUGUUUUCUUAACAUUGAUUGUAAACGUUUUAGUUGCUUUUUUGCAUUUUAGUGGAUUUAAAUUUCACAUGAUUAUUUUGCUUUUGAAAUUCCAACUGCAUUUGCUCAUCAGUGUUUUAUAUUGAACAAUUUGCAUGCAUUUUAGGAAAACUUACUGCUUUUAAUAAUUUCUUUUAAUUCUCUUUAUUGAAUAACAUUCAGAACAAUGAUACAGAACAACUAUACCGCGGCAAAUACAUUAUUCUGCAGAGAUGUGCAAGAUCGAUUUUUAUCAGUCUCAUUGAGGAAAAGGUAUUUAUAUGACUAAUACAACUAUCUUAUAAUAGUAACGUAAAUUAUUUUAAUGUGUUAGCGAUAUUUAACAUAAAUUCAACUUUUUCAUAGAGAUACAUUAAUCUAUCUGUCUGUCUGUCUGUCUGUCUGUCUAUCUAUCUGUCCGUCUGUCUGUCUAUCUAUCUGUCUGUCUGUCUGUAUAUCUAUCUAUCUAUCUAUCGUUUCAGUAACCCUGCUGUUUCUGGUCUACAAACAUGUCUUUGAGAAUUGUUUUUUCUGGGUUACUUAGCAAUAUGAAUAAACCAGUUAGAAUACAACUCUGAUUAAACUUUAUAAAUAAUUUGUCUUCUUUCUCUCCUUGCAACUCUAAUUAAACAAUAGUCAUAGCAAGGCCCAGUGCAACGUGCUAAAGAUAAUGUACGUUAUUUUCAAAGAACAAUCAACUGAAAGUUAGAACAUCGAUGUUUAUUUGCUCAACAACCAAAUUGAAGUUAAUGAGCAACAGAAUCUUAAAAUUUCUAAAAUAACCAAUAAAUAAAUAAAUAUAUUUAUAUAUAGUGGACAUGGACAAUUGUACUGAUUAUAGGCAUUGCUGGGAUGGGUGGCUUUGGAAGCUGAAGCCCCAGAUCUAGGAAUUUUCAGCCUGAAGAGAUAGUAAAGGGGGCAGGAGGAUAUUAUAUAUUUUAUUUAUUUUGCUGUUAUUUUUUUAUUUUACUCACAGCAGUAGACUUAAUUUAAAAAGAAAGAUUGCAAGUAUAGUGCUUUGCAAUGCUAAAGGACGUGCUAAGGAGUGAAACUUUGCAGCACACCCUCCAUUAGUUACGUAGCAUGAUAUAAUCACAUUGAAUAUCUGCCUGAAGAAGUGGUUUUAUCAGAAUCUGUACAGAUGUUCAAACAAACAGCUACUAGAUGCAUACUUGCAAAAACAGAAUAUUCAAGGAUAUAAUCUUUCAAUGUAGGGUAAUAACUGCUUGAUCCAAGGAUAAAUCUGACUGCCAUUCUGGGGUCAAGAAGGAAUUUUUUUCCUAGCUUGUUGCAAAAUUGAAAGUGCUUCAAACUGGGUUUUUUUGCCUUCUUUUGGAUCAACAGCAAAAAACAAAUGUGAGGAAGGCUGAGCUUGAUGGAUUCAAGUCUCUUUUCAGCUAUGUAACUACGUAACUAAGUAACUAUGUAACUGUAUUUCCUAAUCAAUAUAUUGCUCACCUCCUUGCAAAUUAACAAUGUCUCUGGAGGGUCAGGAAUUUUUAUCAGGCUUCCUCUAUAAAAUACCUUAAUUGCUUUAUACCUAUGGGCUUUUUGUCUUCCGUAGAAAAAAGGAAAAAAUUAGUGUAAUCGUAUUGUAGGCCUCUACAUAUCAUGUGUCAUUCAAUACUUCAUAUAAUAGCUGUAAAUCUCAGCACAUAGCUCUCACAGCUUCAUUUACAAGAUAUUUCACCACUCCCACAAGCAUUGUUAGUGAAAACAAGAGCCACAGGCAACGUAUUAAGCUCUGCAGACAUUUUAAAUUGCCCACUCUUAAAAGAAAUCAAUCAAAUAUCACCCUAUAAUUUGUGUAGCAGUUUCUCGUUUAACAAUACCCCACCCAGCCACAUGGUCCUAAUUAUAAACGUUUGGUGUCUAAAAUUUUCUGCAGAUCUGCUUAUCUCGGCUUUGGUCUAUGUGAUUUUCAUUGUAAUGCAUUUAGAUUUUCCAGAACUACCAUCUUUUUAUGGACUUGUAUCCCUUAUACAUUACUGGAAAUAUUACAGGCUUAAUUGACAUAAUUUAAGUGUAAAAUUUUGUGUUUGUUCUUGAGAGUAUCAAAGUCUAACAGAGAUGAUAUGCGGACCCCUCUGUGUGUCUCUCUGCACUGUCCUCAUCCCGUUUUGUGUAUCUCUUUACCACCUCUCCCAUUACGUGUGUCUCCUAACUCCCCUUACCACCUUGAGUGUAUCUCCAGACUUCAACAUAUCCUUCUGUGUAUCUCUUGAUCCACUAACCCCCAUUUUGUGUUUCUCCAUUCUCCAUGUCCUCCAACCACUGCUGUGCAUUUCUAGAUCUCUCUCUGACCUAUUUGUGUCCUCCAACCUGCCUGAUCCCGAAUCCACAUCUACUUCCAACCCGCCCGUAUUGUCGUUUGACCAAGAGCCUAAUCCUCUGCCCAGUUUGCCAGUGAAGCUGUGAGAUGUGUGGAUAGACAGAUAGGAUACGACACUAGAUCUUUCCCCUUCACACACACAACAGUGCUGAUCGGAACCUCUGCUGUUACCCCACUUGGGCCUAGUGGGACAACAGCAGAGGUUCCGACCAGCACUGUUGUGUGACUAGGCCAUACUGUACUCUAGGACAGUGUUGGGAGGGGUUGCUGUGUGUCACCUGAGUUGUAUUGCACCCAGUGUGGUACACUACUGUAACCUCCAACUGUUCAGCAGGGUAACCGACACUGUAACGAUACCUACCCUUGUAAAUGGGACUAUCAUGAUGCAGUGGUCUUUGUCAUGCAGCAAACUAAUAGCAACCUUCUGAUGCACACUUUAGGUCUACUCCGGUUCAUCCCCUCCUUGAUAAUACCUCUAUCCCUCUAUAUUACUGACACUCAUUUCUUUGUCUCUUUGUUCUUUUGUUUGUCUGCUAUUAUAGAUCACUUCCUCCUGCUAGUAAUAUAUUUGCAUGAAGUAGUGGUUUAGCACAGUUAUCAGGUAAUUAUUCCUUCGGCGGCCUACUGCAUCAUUGGUUUUGUUAUGUGCCAAAAGAGAGUCCUUAUAGACCAUUUACUGUCAUGGAAAAGCCAAUAGAUUUGAUUUAAUAAUUUUAGAUAGGCUUCUCAAACGAUUUAAUAUUUAUGGAUAAAAAGCUUUAAAAUUAUUUUUUUCCCCAAAAAUAUAUAUAUAUAAAAAAUUUAUUUUAUAUAAAAUAAAAUAUAUCAAUAUAUUAAAAAAAAUCUAAAUAUUUAAAUAUAAAAAUUUUAACAAAAUAUUACAUCAUUACAUCAGGAAAGAUGUCUCUACUCAGUCAAAUGGAUGUAUGGAUAUCUCUGCAGUGUAAGAGGAAUAGAGAGGCUAGAAUCCCCAAUUGAAUCGUAUCUAAAACAAUUUAUUUAACAUAAAAGGUUAAAAAAAUCUUAUUUUGGUGGUGGGUAUGCCAGCAAAUAACCCUCAACUCUGUAAGCAUGACUAAAACCCAAAACGCCACCAGCGUGCAGUCACUGCCGGGUUUCGGCACUUCCUUAAUCACGUGACACUUUUGGCGUCAAUGACGUCCUUCGGAGGAGUUUAGGGUUAUUUUUUGGCAUACCCACCACCAAAGUAAGCGUUUUUAACCUUUUAUGUUAAAUAAAUUGUUUUAAAUACUAUUUAAUUGGGGGUCCUGUCUCCUCUAUUCCUCUUACACUGCACAGAUAUCCAUACAUCUAUUUGACUGAGUGGAGACAUCUUUCCUGGUAUUGAUCUGUGGGAAUAUCCCUCUCAAGUGGAGCAAUUCAAACCCAGAGCCAGGGGUGAUAGGGCUCUGGUACAUGUGAGUUCUCUCCCAGACAUUCUACAAUAUUUGUAUUAUAGCUAUAUCAGAUAGUCUGCACUAUAUAUUUCUCAUUGUUUGUUUUAGAAAUUCCAUCCAUUGCAGUCUUUAGCGCGCUAUGAUAUUUGGUACUAUUUCAGUUUUAUUGUGUGUCAUGCAGUGUCACUUUGGAGGUAGUGCAGAUGUACUAUAUGUGCACAUACACAUUUUUUUCUCAAGCGCUUCUUUAACUUUGGUUUACAAUAUUAAAUUGAGGUCUUAGCAAGCACUAGAAGGUCAAGGCAGCCCUGGUGUCAUAAAAUGAUUAGGAUUCUAAAAGCUCAGAUUAUUUGAAGACAUAAACUGCCAUUGGUCAUUUAUCGGUUUAUUACAGGGGAGCUAGCUGGAGGCUUACUAAUUCAAUCCUCGUGUAUAUUUAUUUUAUACACAUUUCGAUUUCUAGCACAGACGUAUGCAGCACAUACCAUUAUAGUGUGCAUUGGGGAAUAUGUUUUUAAUAAAAGGGAAUAUUGAAAAUUCAUCUAUCACAAGGAUCAUUUCCAUUCAUCAAACAAGAUAAAACUUAGCUAGUCUAUUUUUAUAUAUUUACCAUAUGGACACUCACAAUGACAUUUAAAAAAUUAUCUGUUCUAGAUCUAGUAAUUGUUUCUAAAGAUGAAAGAUAAUAUCCAUCAUUGACAAAAUAAUAAGCUGUUUCAAACUAGCACACAAAUCCAGAUAAGGAUUUAAAAAGGGCAGUUUGGCCAGCUGUUCCUUAAAUUUGGGAAUGCCUGGGCGCCAAGGGCAUUUAAUGGCUAUAAAUUUAAUCUGUUUUGAUUUCCUAGACCAGGAAUAGGCAACCUUCGGCACUCCAGAUGUUGUGGACUACAUCCCCCAUAAUGCUCUUACACAUAUAAUGCUGGCAAAGCAUCAUGGGAGGUGUAGUCCAAAACAUCUACAUUGCCGAAGGUUGCCUAUUCCUGUCCUAGAGCAUCAUAUUAUUGUGUUUAGCUUUCCUUCUGUUGAAAAAUACAUUUCAUUUUUUUUCUUUUCCAUUGAAUAAUUAAUUAUUUUAUAAAAAAAUGUGUUAUUCAAAACAUGGAUAUUUUAGAUAUUAUUAUAUACAUAUAUUAUAUUGUUAAAUAUAUACAAUUUUUUUAAUAUUAAUUUACAUCUCUAUUACUUAUUAUACUGCAACCAUUUUUCUUUUUAAACCACAAUUGGGAAGAAUAUUAGAUUUUUCUUAUCCCAAGUCUAAGGGAUUGUUGUAAAUGAUAUUUAGGAUACCAUGCCGCACCCUGCUGGCCAGCUUGCUAACUUCAAAAAAUAUAACACUAGACAAUGGUUCAAUAACUGGAAGGGUUACAUCUAAAGUUCUAGAUAUGCGCAGAAAAAUUGAAAUCUUCAUAUAAACUCCUUGAUUUUUUAACAACUUAAAAAAUAUUAACUCAUUGAUUACCAAGCACAUAAAACGAACCCGUUUCAUGAAGUCAUUUACAUUGAAUGUGUUAUUAAUUGAGACAUGUUUGCAUACGUAGUUUUCUUUUACAAUAGAAACAGGGUAACACAUGCACCUUUCUGAUUUAACAUUUUUAAACAAGUAAAUUUACCAGAAAUUAUAUUUCUCAUUUAUUCAUUGGUUACUGACAUUUGCUAAGAAUACAGCAUUAGAGAUACCUAGUUAUCCUUUCAACAGGUUCUCGUUAAUCUUUACAGUGAGUCUGAUGAUACAUUGUGAAAUGAUAAGUUGAUGUGUUGCCCUUAUUGGGAACAAUGUACAAUGUAUAACACCGCCCAUAUAGGAUAUCUAAGCAGUACGGAUAAAAGCAGCUGCUCUUACCCAACUCAGUGGUAAGCUCAGAAAUAUUAAACAUGGACUGGAAAUCAGUGUCCAACUUGACUACUUUACCAGCGACAAAGGACUUUGUUGAGAUCCUGGUAUAUUUGAAUGUUGUUGUUGUGAUGACUUUGACUAUUUUAAAGAGGGUAUGAGGUCAAACCUAUUAUCUCCAGACACUACCUAUUUUAUAGAGUCUUAUAGUGUGUUAGUGUAUUAACAAGCAAUGGCAUGUUAACCAUUUUCAUAAGAUUUAAGCUCCAUAAAAUGCAAGAUGUCUAAUAUCCAAUGGUUUUUCUUUAAGAUACUCGGAAGACUACUAUAUCCAAGCUGUUAAUGAAGUGCAAAAUUGUACAUGGUUGAAACAACCAGAAGAAUAUAAGAAAUUUAGGUAACAUUCCUUUUUAUUCAUUUAUUGGGGGGGAGGGGCUUGGGGACAUUUAUCAAAAUAUUCUGGUCUAAAAAGGGUGCAUACAUGUAAAAAUACUUUGCAAAUGUACAUAGAGGUACAAAGGGGAGUUUCAAUUAUAAAAAAAACCAAAAAACUAAUUCUUGCAUUCAUUAUAUUCCACUUGAACUCUGAAGGUAUUGCCUAAUUCUAUCAAGAAAAACUGAAUGGGUUUAAAUCUACAAAAGUUUCAACGUAACGUCACUACCUUAAAUAUCAAAUUCAUAACCUCCCAAUGUACAGAUUUUGUGGAAACUAGACCUGAAGGAGCAAAUUCAAUUUGGAGUUAUCUUUUCAGAAUGAACUGACACACAUGCAGAUACAUAUACAUACAUGCAGAUACAUAGACACACAGAUACACAGAAACACACGCAGACACAGUGGCAACUCUAGGAACAAUAUAUGAGGGGGGCCACAUACGAUACCACAGUCAAAACUGGGGGGCACUAAAAUUUUCACUAGGGGGUGGGGUAAUAUGCUGCCAUUGGCUGUCUGAUGCCAGCAUGCUGGUAUCAGACAACCAAUUUGCAUAGAAUUCACAUUAGCCAUCCAUAUUUCUUGUUUUAAGCUGGCUGACACCUCUUAACUUCGAUCUUUGUUUAUCAGAUAACUCCCCUAUUUGCUAUCCUUAUGUGGGAUUGCCAUAUUUAAGGAUGCCAAAUAAGAGAUCUAUCUGCUAAACGGGAACCUUAAUUUGGUAUUUAAAUAUGGAAAUCUCACAUAAGGGCACCGAUUUAGGGAAUUAGCUGCCAAACAGCUAAAAGAUCAAAAUUUAAAAAGCCCUUUUAUUAAUUUUAAUCUUUCAAUUAUUUAGUAGAUAACUCCAUUAUUUGUUAUCCUUAUGUGGGAUUGCAAUAUUUAAGGACACUAAAUAAGGGAGCUAUCUCCUAAACACAUACACAUUUAUAUACACACACAAUAACACAAUAUAUGUAUGUCAGUGUGUGUGUACAUUUGUGGUUGUGUAUAUAUAUAAAUAUAUAUAUUUGUGUGUGUGUGUGUGUGUGUGUGUGUGUAUAUAUGUAUAUAUAUAUACAUAUAUAUAUAUAUAUAUACACACACACAUACACCCACAUAACCACAGACACACACAAUCACAGACCCACACAUACAAUCACAUUAAUAAACACACAUAAUCACAACACACACACUUAACCACAUAUAUACACACAAAAUCACACACAUACACAAACACAAUCACAUAAAAUUAGACAUACACACACAAUCAUCACAUAUAUACACAUAUUUAAUAAUUAAGAGGUCCACCCAACCUUCCUACCUUGCACUGGGAUGGCUUGGGUGGAUCCUCAGUACCUGGUGGGCAGUGGUUGCUGCUGGGAUCUCUGUGCUCUUCCUGCACAGUUCCCUCGCGUGCGCUGUAAUGACGCAGAUGCCGGGAGGACGCUAUAUCCUGGCUGCUGGCUCACUGCAGAAUGAAGACAGUCAGACACAGUCAGAUGCACAAAGUUAAACACAUUUACUGGCAAAUACAGGCACAUGUACACGGUCCCAGGAACAUAGUCACUCGCACACAGUCACACACACACAGCUACAGGCAGACAGUCGAACACAUAGUUACAGGUAGUCACAUGCACAAUUACAGGCAGCAUCACACAGUCACAGGCAGACAGUCACACACACUACGUGACAUGCAGACAGUUACACACAGUCACAGGUAGACAGUCACACACACAGUCACAGGCAGUCACACACAGUCACAGGCAGACAGUCCCAUACUGGCACAGGCAGACAGUCACACACACAGUCACAUGAAGACAGUCACACACUGGCACAGGCAGACACUCACACACAGUCACAGGCAGACAGUCACAUACUGGUAUAGGCAAAAAUUCACACACACAAACACACACAGUCACAGGCAUACAGUCACACACACAAACAUGCACACACACACACACACAGUCACAGGCAUACAGUCACACACACACACACACACAGACAGUUACAUAGUCAAACACACACACACACAGUCACAGGCAGACAGACACAAUCACAGUUACACACACACACACACACACAGCACUCACUCUCUUACUUACAGUCAGCUUGGGCUGGAGGAGGAGUGGACUCAGACCCCGGUGUGUAGUAGUUGUGGAAGCAGGUACUCCUUCCUGCUUCCCUGCUGUGUGCAGCAGUAGCAGGUGGAGGCCGCCAUUAGCUCAACCCCCGCUGCCAUUUUGGCUCCAACCCCAACUCUCCCCGAAGUUCUCCUGCUCCUGUUUCUGGCCCCUGCGUGUGUGAGCUGUGUCAGCUGCUCGGUGCCCCUACUGCCAUAGCGCCCUGUGCAGCCACACUGCUUACACCUCCCCAAGGCCAGCUCCCCCUUAGUACGACACUGCAAAGGAAGCUACUGUGUCUCAAAUUGCUGAAAUAUUUAAUUCUGGCCAUGACAGGUGUGAGAAUGCUACGUGCUUUAGAGUUUGUUGUGUAGCCAAAGACCGUCAGAGUGCCCAUAAUGACCCCUGUCCACUGCCGAAAGAACCUUCAAUUGGGCCUUGUGCAUCAGAAAUCGACCAUGGAGCAAUAGAAGAAGGUUGCCUGAUAAAUCUUUUAAAGGACCACUAUAGUGCCAGGAAAACAUGCUCGUUUUCCUGGCACUAUAGUGCCCUGAGGGUGCCCCCACCCUCAGGGACCCCCUCCCGCCCGGCUCUGGAGAGAGGAAGGGGUUUAACACUUACCUUUCUCCAGCGCCGGGCGGGGAGCUGUACUCCUCCUCUCCUCCUUGCUCGCGACGUAAUCGGCUGAAUGCGCAUGCGCGGCAGGAGCCGCGCGCGCAUUAAGCCGGUCGCAUAGGAAAGCAUUUACAAUGCUUUCCUAUGGACGCUUGCGUGCUCUCACUGUAAUUUUCACAGUGAGAAGCACGCAAGCGCCUCUAGCGGCUGUCAAUGAGACAGCCACUAGAGGCUCUGGAGGCUGGAUUAACCCUCAGUAUAAACAUAGCAGUUUCUCUGAAACUUCUAUGUUUAUAGAAAAAAGGGUUAAUCCUAGAGGGACCUGGCACCCAGACCACUUCAUUAAGCUGAAGUGGUCUGGGUGCCUAGAGUGGUCCUUUAAAUCAGGUGGAUGGUCGGUGCAUGUGCGUCAGUUACAUGGUGAAGAGAUGUCAGCCGGAUGUACUAUGGGUAAAAGGAAGGCUGGUAUAGGUGGUGUUAAGCUCUGGGCAAUGCUCUGCUGCAAAUCCUUGGGUCCUGUCAUUCAUAGGGACAGGUACUUUGACCCAUACCACCAACCUAAAGAUUGUUGCAAACCAGGUAAACCACUUCAUGGCAAUAGUGUCCCUGAUGGCAUUUGCCUCUUUUAGCAGGAUAAUGCAUCCUGUUACACUGCAAAAUAAAUAGUUUUAGGAACAUGACAAAGAGUUCAGGGUGUUGCUUUGGACUUCUAAUUCCCUUUUAUCUCAUUCCGAUUGAGCAUCUGAUCCAUGGAGGCCCCAGCGUGCAACUUGUAGGACGUAAAAGAUCUGCUGCUAAGGUUGUUACUCUUGGUGCCAGAUACCACAGGACACGCUCAAAGAUUGUGUCCAUCUCUCCAAAUAAAAUAAGCAUUAGUUCAUCUAGCAUCAUUAUCUAUAGUUCUAAUAAAGAAAUGUAUUUUGACUAUGAUUGUAAAUAUUGUAUCAGACCUAGUAGUGUUAAAAAAAAUAAGAACAAAAUUGACAAUUACAUUUGUAUGGUUAAACAAUAUCUGCAACAAUAUCUGGCAAUGUGUUUGACAGAGACUCAUCAAUAUAUUGCAUUGAUGACUAACUUUAGCACUGUAGAUGUUUAUGAAGGAAUUUUUCAUCAGGCUCAGCCGAGGUUAGAUAUUCUAAAUCUGGAGACCACAUCUUCGAAGAGGCUUGAGGGCAAAGCUAUUUGACAGAGUAUUUGCCAUCAGCACUAAAAUAUCCUUUCAAUACAUUUUUCAAAAAAAUCUCUAUCACGUUUAUUAAUUUGCUUGUUUAAUCAAAAAUCCCCAGCACACAGAAGCGGGUCUUAACUGGGCUUAAGUAGAAUCAACCAAUCUAUCAUUUACUGCACAGUUGUAAUAUGAGACUUGAAUAAUUGUUUAAGAUAAUGAAACACAUUACAAAAAUGUUAAAUCCAAAGAAAUAUGUAAAACUAUCAAUUUUACAGAAUUUAAGAACCCAUUUCAGUAAGUAGGAUUAAAAUUGUUAUGAUACAGAAAAGAAAAAAAAAAAGGACAAAUUGUUAAAGCCAAUGAACUACAUGACCCUUUGAAAUAGCAAAUAAUGAAAAGCUGCUCUAUAUAAGUCAGUUUUACUAAUGACUGAUUCCUGUGUUUUCAAAGGUAACAUUUCCAUACAAUUCCAUUUUUUAAGAUUCAGAGGAAGCACAGUUUUUAAUGCACUUAAUCUCCUUUUGCUGCACACUACUUGUUCAAUGGGUGACAGGUAUGUAAUUAACUCCUGUAAUAAAUCCUUAAACUGACUCUGUUUGCAGAUUAUAUUUGUCCUCAUGCUGCAACGCAGUUAAUAACUUCAUCGUUUCUCAAAACAAUACUUUGCUGGGAAGCAAUAUCACAUACGAAGUGGAAACCCGAAAGAACAUUUUAAUUGCAGAAGACAUUUAUAGAAUGUUCCCUAAGGUAUGGGUUUUAAUUUUUUCAUGUGGUUGUUUUUGUCAACUCACUCAUCUCUGCCUUCAUGCAAACAAUGUGUGUGGGUGAUUAUAUUUAGAAUUCAAAGGAACACAUCAAGUACCAUAACCACCUUAGCAGCCUGCAGUAGUUAUGGUGCUUAACCAAUGUAAGUAGUCAACCGUUUUCUAACAGUUUGACUUCUUAUCUGAGUUCCUCUCGGCACCGCUCCCUGCCUCAAUGAUAGGUCAACGUUCUCUGUCAGGGCUAAACCCGGUAGUGCAGUGCUGAGCUCAUUGGCUGAGAGUCUCAGGAAAUGAACUGGCCCUUCAUUGCAAGACUUGGUUCAGAAGAGCUAAUUAACCCCUUAAGGACCAAACUUCUGGAAUAAAAGGGAAUCACGACAUGUCACACAUGUCAUGUGUCCUUAACCCCUUAAGGACACAUGACAUGUGUGACAUGUCAUGAUUCCAUUUUAUUCCAGAAGUUUGGUCCUUAAGGGGUUAAGGGGUUAAAGCUUCAAGCAUCAGUUUCCAGCUCCCAGACCAGAAAGGAAGGUGCAGGGAUUGGUGCCCGGCAGACUCAAGGUAAAAAGUCAAAUUGUUGUAAAGCAGUUUGACUAUUCAUGCUGGAGGGCACCACGGCACUCCUGGCACCAUAACAACUGCUGUGUUCUGCAGUUUUUAUGGUGGUUGGAGUUUUCUUUUAACUGGCUGUUCCUCAUAUGAACUGUGAAUGUUUCUCAAUGGGUGAUUGUUUUUUUCUUAGAGGUACAUGAUGGCAACAGGCACAAUCUGUCUAUGUAUAUAAAUAUAUAGAAAACAGUAAGAGAAAAUAUGAAGUAUGCUGAAGGAUUUGAAAAGUAAGGCUACAAGCUAUUUCUGUUGGCAGCAUAAUAUGCUUAAAUAAAAUGAGACUCUGUAUUGGAUGUGCUAGAGUCCCUGAUUCUCAGUAGGACUCAGUUAUUAGAGCCAUUACUCUAAUAACAGAAUUUCUGCUAAGCUACAAAUGCCUAAAAUGGACCCGAGGGCACCUAAUCUACAUGCCCCAAAAAGUAGCCAAAAUGCCCAUCCUUUGACAGUACUCAUCCCCCGAAAGAACAACACCAUAAUCGUGCCCAGCCUCCUGGCACAAAUAAUGUUACGGUCAUCAGUCCCUCUCCAUAAAAAUACAGAGUUGGGAGUAUUCUGGUUUCCUUGUAGAAAUAGUGUUAGUAAGUCAGUAAGUGGCUAGGUCCACUUGCUCUAAUAUUAUCCCCCUCACAACCUUGUACUUUGAUUUGGAUGCAGAUGCCAAAUCACCCUCACCAUUUAAACCCAUAAUAUUAUUUUGGCCUGGAAAGUGUAUAUUCCAUAACGGUAUUAUCAAAAUAAAAUACAUAUAAAAUAUGCUAUAGCAACUAUGCCCAGAUGGUGGCAGUAUAGCAGUGUGAAGGAUAUCGAGGAAUCUUUUAUUAUUUUAUGUUAUUUAUAACUAAGUAUAACAAUUUGAAAUGGAACGUGGAGCUGGUGAGAGAAUGCUCACGGUGUCAGCACAUUUGCUGUGAGUUAGACGGAUGAUGUGACUGUAGGAUUUUGUAUUGAUUGGAGGGGGGGGAGGCGGUUAGAUCGAUAGGAUGACAAGUUAGAGGAAAUUUCAGUGAUUAUCAAGUGUUUUGACAAGCUUGGCAAAGGCAUUUUAAAGACUCUUCGAAAAUAAGUUAAGGUGUGAUUCAGAAAUCUGUUUUUGUGGGUUUAUAUGCGUUUUUGAGGGGUGAAGGAAUUUUCCUUCAGGACUUACGUACUGAUGUUGAUUUUAUUUCUUCCAAUAAUUCCAGUGCAAAUUAUACAGUACUGGGAUUCGGGAUUCAUCCAUUCAAUUACGGAUAAUUGACACGUGAAGUGCAAAUCAUUGCUAAUGGUCAUUUGCUUUCAGGUUCCCUGAUGGAACUCAUUACAUACCUCCCAAGUGUCUCGUUACAAUGGACAGUCCUUAUGUUCAGCCUAAAUACCUCUGGUCUCCUUUCUAUCCUAAUAUUCAUCUUUUGCUGGAGCUCCAGGAUUUUUUAGAGAACUAAACAAAAACCAGUGUAAAUUAGAUAAAUGAUUAUGACCUCGUUUUAAUAUUGCUCGAUUAACAUGUAUAGCUUGGAGGAAAGACAAGACAGGGGGAUGUAAUAGAAACAUUUAGGGAAUCAACACAGGAAAAGAUGAGACCAUAUUUAAAAGAAGAAAAACUACCACAACAAGAGGACAUAGUCUUAAAUUAGAGGGGCAAAGGUUUAAAAAUAAAAUCAGGAAGUAUUACUUUACUGAGAGGGUAGUGGAUGCAUGGAAUAGCCUUCCAGCUGAAGUGGUAGAGGUUAACACAUUAAAGGAGUUUAAGCAUGCGUGGGAUAGGCAUAAGGGUAUCAUAACUAUAAGAUAAGGCCAGGGACUAAUGAAAGUAUUUAGAAAAUUGGGCAGACUAGAUGUUCUAUGUUUCUAUGAUUUCAAAUUUAAUGGAUAAACUUUUAAAAUGAUUUAAUAUUAUGAAAUGUAUUUUAAUUGUGUAAGAUUUUUAUAGUUUUGAGAUACAAAUAUAGGCUUUGAUAUUUUAAUAUGUUGAAAAAUUCAUUUAAAAAAGAUUAUCCAAAAAAACGACAUUACUUGGAAAACGUUCCCAAUAGUAUUAAAUAUAGACCUAAGCCCCUUGAAAUGUAUCACAAUCUCAGCCAAUCAGCUAAGCUCUGCACCCCCGAGCUUAGCUCAGUGAGUACCUCACAGAGUUUUAGUGGAGAUAGGGAAUGGCACCCAGUGGACGGAAGGUUCUAAAAUAGUUUGGCUGCUUACUUUGGAAGGGGAGGUGCCAAGGCACUCCAGACCCAGUCUGCUGUAGUGGUUUUGGUACUUAAAGUAUUAAUUUAACUCCAUCCUGUAAAUCGUGCUUAACACUGUGCAUUUCCCAUAAAUACUUUCCACAUUUAAACUAACCCGCAUCCAUUCCCACAUUAAUCUUUUUCAUGCAGCCAGUUGCUUACCAUUGUAAAGUAGUUCCACCCAGCCUACACUUUAUGCAGUCCUAAACAGUUAUGCCCAGGUUUAGUCAAAUCGAAGACACUGUGUGGAGGGAUAUGGGCACACUGAACAGAGCCCUGCACUAAUACUGAAACCCUAUUGGUAAAUAUGAGCAAAGAAGGCUGUGAAAAAAAAUUCUUUAUUGUUUAACCCAGCGGUUCCCAAACUGUGUGCUGGGGCGCCGCAACGUGCACACAGGGGUGCCGCGGAAUGUUUCUACGGUGCCAUGAUUAUAUUACCGGGGAAACAUUACUACUGAACAGAGGCCCAGUCCGGUGCCGCCGUCCUUUAAGACCGUGACCAGGGAGACAGCGCGGGAGGAGGCAGCCACAGCAUGAGAUGAGAGGAGCACGAAGAGCUCCAGACCCCUCACUCCCACAGCAGCGGGACUCCAAGCCACCCUCCUGGCACAUAAGGUAAGCUGGAGGGAACAGGAGGGUGGCUGGAGAUAUUUUUAAAAAAUCACUUGUAUGUGUGUGAGUGUGUGUAUGUAUGAGUGUAAGUGAGUGUGUGUGUAUAUGAGUGUGUGUGUGUGUGUAUGAGUGUGUGUGCAUGUGUAUGAGUGAGUAUGAGUGUGUGUGUGUCAGGGUGUGCAUCUGUGUGUAUAUAUAUAUAUAUAUAUAUAUAUAUAUAUGUGUGUAUGUAUGUCAGUGUGCUUCUGUGUCUGCGCACACAUGUGUAUGUGCAUCUGUGUCAGGGUGUGUGUAUCUGUGUUAUGGUGUUGGCAUGUAUCAAUGUUUGGGUGUGUCAUGGUGCAUGUGUGUAUAUGUCAGUGUGUAUCUAUAUGUGUGUGUCGGUGUCUAUAUGAAUUUGUGUGUAUGUGUCGGUGUAUUUAUGUGCAUGAAUAUCUGUGUAAGUAUGUAUGUAUGUAUGUGGUAGUGUAUGUGCAUACAUCCAAGCAGUCAAACACCAGCACAACAUACAAGCACACUCUUGCAAUCAAACACAAAUAUUACUUACAAACAUCUGCAUUCAAACAAGCAAAAACAAAAAAUAUACAAACACACCCCUUCACUCAAAAACAAAUACUUCACACAAAUGUUCAUCUGCAUUUAAAAGUGAACAUUCAAACACACACCUGCAAUCAAAUGCAAACAUUACAUACAAACACACCCCUGUAUUAAAACACAAUAAUUAUAAACAAGCACCCCUUCAAAUACCAACACUGUACAUUACACUACAUCGGCAGUAAAUGCUGCAGUGCUGUACACAUAUACAACCUAGAAAUUUUGACUUGGGGUGCCUUGGAAAAAUACUGAAAUAUUAACCUAAAGUUUGGGAACCACUGGUUUAAAGGACCACUAUAGGCACCCAGACCACUUCAGCUCAAUGAAGUGGUCUGGGUGCCAGGUCCCUCUAGUUUUAACCCUGCAGCUGAAAACAUAACAGUUUCAUAGAAACUGCUAUUUUUACACUGCAGGGUUAAUCCAGCCUCUAGUGGGUGUCUCACUGACAGCCACUAGAGGCCGCUUCCGCAGUUCUCACUGUGAAAAGCACAGUGAGAAGACGCUGACGUCCAUAGGAAAGCAUUGAGUGCUUUCCUAUGGGCGUUUUUAAUGCGCAAGCGGCUCUGGUCGCACAUGCGCAUUCAGCUCCACUCGGGAGCCAACGUCGGAGAGGUCACCAGCGCCGAGGGAGCCCAGAGGGUGGGGGGGGGGGGACUUAAGGACUACAUAGUGUCAGGAAAACGAGUUUGUUUUCCUGGCACUAUAAUGGUCCUUUAACCUUUUGUUCUCAUGGAUAUCAAACACAACACAGGUUUAUUUAAAAAAAAAAUCUUUGUUAAAUAUGUGUACCAUUGUUGGCACCCUUUUAGGUCAAUACAUUGUGCUACCUCCUGAGAUGCCAAUAUUAGUGAAGGGCACUGUGUAUUAAUGUAACUGAAUGAAGGCACUCUAGCACAACUGAAUUUGCCAUGCAUUACUAUUAAUUAUUUUAGUGUCUUUAAUUAUUAUAGGUCAGUGGUGACAAACAGCGUGGAUAUAACUAGGGCAGGAUUGAGAGCCCAUCGGGUCUGGUGCUGACAAUUACGAUGGACCUAAUUACAGAAUAAUAUUGGCAGAAAACACAUACCUUCCAAGCAGCCAGGGCCGGACUGGGGAUACGAAGUAGCCCUGGAAAAAAAUCUAUGCCAGCCCCAUAAGUCAUUGUGCUAUGUAGUGUGUGUUUUAUAUAUAUACACACUCACAUAUAUAUCUCUCUCUCUGUCUAUAUUUAGUACAGACAAACUCUGAUAUACACACAAGCUUACUACAGACAAGCUCACUGAUGCGCACACACUCUCCCUACAGACAAGUCCAUUGACACACACAUGCCCCCUACAGAAGAGCUCACUAACACACAGAUUCACUACAGACAAGCUCACUGACACACACAUGCUCACUACAGACAAGCUCACUGACACACAUAUGGUCACUACAGACAAGCUCACGAUCACACACAUGCUUACUACAGACAAGCUCACUGCACACACACAGGGCUGACCUUAGGUGUUUAGGCACCCUGUGCGAGCCAAUCUUCCCCCGGUCACCUAGACAUACACAAAGAGGAAAAAAACCUGUGUAAGAAAUAAUUUGUUUUAAUUUCAGAUAGUUUAAGUGCAAGUGCAAACAAUUACAAUAAUAAAUAACUGCAGGGGGGCGGGGCCGGACCGCCGACGGGAUCAGACGUGUUUAGUCUGAGCUCCUGCCUUGGAGCCCGAAAAUCGGCGCAAACUGGAGGCUGAAACUCCCCAACCACCCGUAACACAGACCACAAUGCUCCCCAGAACAUGGGCUACGAGGCGAUACCCUUCCAGACUCUGCCCGGCACCUACAGUAACCCGACGAAGUCCCGAGGCAUGCUGGAGCUUGAGCCGGGAAGAGACGGCCGCUCUCCCGGGUCUCCGGCCGGCGUCUGGCGCCCCCCCUCCCCUCUGGACCGGGGGGGUCAUCCCGGUCUACACAAGCAACUACUGUCAUGCCAAGCUGGGAUGUAAGCUACCAUUCUGCUGCGGCACACUCUCCAGCGGCAAUCCUCCAAGAUGGCUGCCGCACGCCAGCCGCAUGUGCGACCUGCCAGCAAGAUGGCGCCUGCUGCAGAGGCAGCCAUCAAAUGCCAUCUGACCACCACGGAAACCUGCCCCAGAGAAGCGUCGGCGGACCAAAGGGAAGCCUACAUCAUAUAAUUUGGUUUAAAAAGGAAUACCUCUGUACCUGGGGAGGACAUCAUCAUUCAAGGGGGGCCCACCUUAUACGCCCGGGAAACAACACCAAUGGCUGCACCUAUAUCCAGGACUCUCCUGUGAGGCGCAACGCACCCAUCUGAGGAAGCAGCCGGACAGCACCAGGCAUGGGCUACACAAACAAACGCUGGUCCCCUAAUGCACAGUCCAACCUGAAUAUGUUCCAUACUCUUGAACACUCGGGACUUUAUAUGCUCCCAUCUACAGGAAUGACCCAGUGGCAAUCUUAGCUCACCUUGCAAAACUCAUUUUUAUGUCUUGAUUUAAUGCACACCACUAUAUAUGCUUAUUUAACCCUUGUAAAAUGUGUUUGCAGAGCAGAUUUGUUGUUCUGGAUUAAGCUUACGUAACAUAUACCUAGCUUGAGAUGAAUAUCUAUUGUAAAAUAAGGCAGAACCGUUUGAAUACACAUCUCAUUAAUUUUAUACAUAACAUGUAUAACCUGUGAUGCACGCAGACUAGUUUAAACACUGUCCUAGCCUAAUUAAAGUGUAACACUACUCUCACGAACUGAUUUGUAUAAGCUAACAAUAAUAUAAAAAAUGUGCCUUGUAAGCAAAUGCCCCGCAUGUUUUGCGAGAAAAAGCCUGAGGAUUGCUCUCGGGGCACCUCAUGCCUGCUUGUAAUGUUUUCUGUGCACUUCAAAAAAAAAUAAAAAAAAUAAAAUAAAAUAAUAAUAAAUAACUGGAUAGGCUGGUAACAAUAAUGUACAUUUAGGGGACACUAUAGUCAUCAAAACACCGUUAUCUUAAUGAAGCAGUUUAGGUGUAUAGAGCAUGUCCCUGCUAUGUCACUGCUCAAUUCCCUGCCAUUUAAGUGUUAAAUCAUGUAUACCCUCUCCCUCAUUUCUUCACCCCACCUCUCUGGCCCCCUCUAGACAAUUUCAGGCACACAAUUUGCCGCCCCCACCCCCUUCUACAAACCCUGCCCCCCCUUCACCAAAACCCCUGCCCCUAUUCACUUAACCCCUGCCCUCUUCACCAAAACACCUGGCCAUCCCUUCAUCAAUGCCCUGACCCCCUUCAUCAAUCCUCUGCACCCUUUGUCAGACCUUGAUACCCUUCAUCAAUCCCCUGCCCCUUUCAUCAAUCCCCUGGACCUCCUUACCAGUCCCCUGCCCCCAUUCACCAAUCCUCUGCACCCCUCAUUAAUGCUCUGCCCUCCUUCAUUAGUCCCCUGCCCCCCUUCACCAGUCCCCUGCCCCCUUCAUCAGACCCUGCCCUCCUUCACCAAUCCCGUGCCCUCAUUUACCAGUCCCCUGCCCCCAUUCACCAAUCCUCUGCCCCCUUUGCCAAUCCCCUGCCGUCCUUUACCAGUCCCCUGCCCCCAUCAUCAAUCCCCUGCCCCCCUUCAUCAGACCAUGCCCCCUUAAUCUAUGCCUGCCCCAUUUACCAAUUCCAUGCCCCCUUCCAUCAAUUCCUGCCCCCUAUCAUCAAUCCCCUGCCCCACUUUAUCAGACACUGCCACCUUAAUCAAUCUCCUAUCCCCUUCACCAACAACCCUGCACCCCUUCAAUAAAAGGCAACAUAUUUAGUAAAAAGAAAAGCAAUAAGAACUAGGACUCCCUUUAAUGGCUGCUGCUCCCUGGAUUGAGCUUCCCAUUCUGCUGCGUCGCUGACUUAAGAGCUCCGGCCGCCGACCUCACACGCACCAAGUGGAUCCUGCUGCGGCUCCCUGUGAAGGCAGAGCACAUGGACGUUGCGUCCCCAUGCUCCUCCUCCUCCACGCUCCAGACCUCUUCACUCUGCAAUGGAUCCUGGCCAUGGCUUGCCUCUCCCCUCAUAAAUUGGUCUGGCCUCUUUGUGAUCGACUGCGAGCUGUGUCGGCCGCCCCAGCGCCCCUGUUGCCACCUCGCACACCCCAAAGGCUGGCCCUGCACACACAUGCACCGCACAGACAGGCUCAGACACACCCAUGCUCCCUACAGACAAGCUCACUAACACACACACAAUCCCUACAGACAAGCUCAAUGACACACAUACAAGCUCACUCACUAGCAGGCACACACACAAACACAAACUCACUAGCAGGUGCACACACACAGAAGCUCACUCACAAAUGCACACACACAAAGACAUCCACACACACAGAGGCAGGCAGACAGCCACACACACACACACUCAGGCAGACAGUCACACACACACACAGGCAGACAGUCACACACACACACAGGCAGACAGUCACAGACUCACAGGCAGUCAAACACAUACACGCUGCUGCAAUUACCAGGGCCCCCGCCGCACAGUAAGCUCCGCUGCUUAGCUCCGCCCCCACCGCCCGGUAAGCCCCGCCCCCUCCGCAAUAUAUAUAUAUUUUUUUCAAUCCCGGCCACAGGAGCCUGGCCAGUGAUGAAUAGGUCUGUCAGCCCAGCCCCAGGUGCCGUGGCACACCGGGAAAUUUCCCGAUAUCCUGGUGGGCCAGUCUGGCCCUGCAAGCAGCUAUAGACUGUAAGCUCGUUUGAGCAGGGUCCUCUUCAACCUGUCAUUACUGUAGGUUUUCUUGUAAUUGUACUAUUUAUAGUUACACGCCCCCCCCCCUUCUUAUAAUAUUGUAAAGUGCUAUGGAGUCUGUUGGCACUAUAUAAAUGGCAAUAAUAAUAAUAAUAAUGUAUCUGGUGGAGGUGGUGCUGGAGGGAACCUCACAGGAUGCAGCUAGAAGAAAACACAUCCCUAUGAUAAUAUCUCACUUUCAUCUGUCAAGCAAAUUUAUAUCCCCUAACAGCAGUGUCCGGCGAAGCAGGACGUCGGUGGGUGGGGGGGAAAAGGUUGUGCCACUGAUGUGAAUCACGUAAACCAGCAUGUCCAGAAUAGAGGCGGGUCUGCCUGAAGAAAUGGAAGGUCCACCUUGCGUAAAUGCACGUCAGGCUGCCCAUAAGUCAUGCAGGCUGGCCAACUAAGAGCUUACAAUGCAGACAGUGCCCUGAGCUUGUUGCAAAUGAGUCUCAUAAUGUGCUAAUGAUCACAAAUGUGUCUAAUGAUGUGCUCGCUUUAAGUUUAAACAUUUAAUUAUUUUUUUUGUCUCAGACACAGCCCUUUGCAGGAAUCCCCUUCAAGAGAUGUGCUGUGGUUGGAAAUGGUGGUAUGCUCACAAACAGCAGCUGUGGAGAAGAAAUUGACCAGUCAGAUUUUGUAUUCAGGUAACAGGUUACAUAUCCUAGUGGGCUUUAAACAGGUGCGGACAAAAAUUACAUUACCAGUCAGGGGUGGACUGACCACUUGGGCAGAUUGGUCACGGACCAAGGGCCUAGCUGAACAGCCAUAAUACCACACACACCUUCUAUGCCCCCUACUCCCAAUUCAGCCCAUAUGCCUUCCUGCAUACAAUACAGCCUCCAUCCCUCCCUGCACCUACUACAGCUCCUAUGCCGUUAUCCAUCUAUUACAGGCCCCCAUUAUAUCACCAGCACCUACUACUGCCCCAUGAACCCUUGCAUCCAGUACAGCCCCUAUGCCCCCUUGCAUCCACAUUAGCCCCUAUGUCCUCCUGCACUUACUACAGCCCCUAUGCCCUGCUACAGCCCUAAUGCCCCUUUUGCAACCACUACAGCCAUUAUCCUCCCUGCUUCAAAUUCAGCCCUCUCUGCACCUUCCUAAGCACCUAUCUCUUCCUGCACUCACUUCAUCCUCUUUGCCCCAUUGCAUCCACUACUGCCCCUAUGCCUUCCUGCACCAACUACAGUCAUUAUCACUCUAUGCACCCCCCUCAGCUUCUAUACCUCACUGUAACCACUACAGCCCAUGUGUUCUUUGCAGCCGCUAAGUUAUCCAUCCCCCCCCUGUAUCCACUACAUCCCCUAUCCUUUCCCUGCACACACUUCAGACCCUAUCCCUUCCAUGCACCAGCUGCAACCCAUAUCCCUCCCUGCACCCAGUAUGCCCCCUGCAGCAACAACAGUACCCAUCCCUCCCCUGCACGCACUACAGCCCUUAUCUCUCACACACUACAGCUCUUAUGUCCCCACUGAGUGUGCACCUUCCUAUCACUCCGGCCUGGUACCGUGGACCGGAGAGGAGCUCGGUCACGCUACAGGGAAGGGGAGGUGAGGGUGUGGGGGGAGGAGUAAGAAGAAGGAGGCGGGAGUAAGAAGAGGGGGGAGUAAGAAGAAGGGGAGUAAGAAGGGGGUAAGAAGAGGGGAGUAAGAAGAAGAAGAAGGGGGGUAAGAAAAAGAGGGAGUAAGAAGAAGAAGAAGGGGCGAGUAAGAAGAAGUAGGAGGGGUAAGAAGAAGAAAGGGGGAGUAAGAAGAAGUAGAGGGGGUAAGAAGAAGGGAGGAGCAAUAAGAAGAAGGGGGAGUAAUAAGAAAAAGGGGGGGAGUAAGAAGAAGAAGGGGGGUAAAAAGAACAAGGGGGAGUAAGAAGAACAAGGGGGGGAAGUAAGAAGAACACGGGGUGAGGAGAACACAUGGAGGGUGAGAAGAAUGGGGGGAUGAGAAGAGCACAGGGUGGGUAGUGUGAGAAGAGACCGCUAGGGGAGGGUGGGGCAGAGUAGAGACCACUAAGGGGCAGGGGAGAGCUUUAAGGGACAGCUCUAUAGGACAGGGGGCAAGACAGGGAGCUCUUUCACACUACGCGCACAAACACACACACAAUGCAUCCCUAUACAUACACAGAAACACACAAUGCAUCCCUACACACACAGAAACACAACAUGCUUCCCUUACACACAGAGAAACACACAAUGCAUCCAUUACACACACACAAUGCAACCCUUGCACACAAAGACAAUGCAUCCUUUGCACACAUACACAGAAACACACAAUGCAAACCCUUGCACACACAUGCAAACACACACACUGCUUUUCUUAUAUAUACACAGAAACACAAUGCAUCUCUUACACUCAAUGCACAUACAUACAGACACACACCUUGCAUCCCUUAUGCAUACAAACACGGAUUCACACAAUACAUCCCUUAUACACAAAUACACACUGCUGCAACUACACACAAACACACACUACAUCACCUACACAAACUGGUAUCCCUAUACACUACAUACCAUAAGCACACAUAUUAGAACCGCUACAAUAACACAUAACACAUCCCCUACACACUCCACUCCCUGUGAGCAAACUCAUGGGUGGGUGGAACAUAUAAGUGGACUUAUGAGUGGGCCUUAUGGGGGACACCAGCAUAUGCAAUUUAAACGAUUCGCUGGUGGUCCACUGGUGCGCACCAGCAGUAGGUGCAGUCAGAUUAUAGCCUCUCCCUCGUGGUUCCGGCGCUCAGUUAGUGAGUCAGAGCACAGGCUCAGAGAUUCUCAGCCUGCGCUCUGACAACAUUGAAAGUCAGAGCCAUGAAGGAGCGGGUAUGGCAAAGAGCGACUAAUUAGCAUAACAUCAAUAUCCGUUAUAAAACCGGUGGGCAUGGAUGGUGAACUGAUUUGGUGGUGCAAUGGGUGGGCAUGGAUGGUGAACUGAUUUGGUGGUGCAAUGGGCCACUUGACUGGUUUUGCCCCCCAGGCCUAAGGCUGCCAGCCCUCCCCUGAUCCCCACUGUACACACAACAUCCCCUAUACCCCCACGCACACUGCAGCCCCUAUCCUCCUCACACACACAUACUGCAGCUUCUAUUUACCCCACACACAGUAGAGCCUCUAUAAUCCAUACAAACACACAGUUUCCCGAAGAUGCAUACUAUAGCCACACACAUACAACAGCCCCUAUCUACACACACUCUGCAACACAAGCAGUCCUCUCCACUCACAUACUUCACUGCAAACAGCCCAAUUCACACCUUCAAACCUACAAGGAGCCUAACUGUAUGCACACAAUCCACAAACAGCAUCCCCAUACAUUCAAUACCACAUACAGCCACACACAAAUUGCAAGCAGCAUUCCCACACAUGCACAUAGGGUUCCUUACACACACACAACACACACAAUUAUUACAAUCACUUAUAUAGCAUGAACAUAUUCUGCAGAGAUGUACAAUAGGUAAAACAAGACAAACUAUUCUUUCUAACACAACACAUUGACAUACAGGAACACAAUAUCACAAGCAGCAUCCCACAUACACAACCCCACAAGGGGUUAUAGUUCCCUAGUCACCAUUUAGGUGACCAUGCCCCCACUUGCAGGAAGAAAAAAAACAAAAUGUUUCUUUUAUCUUUUGCCCCUCGCAGUGCUGUUCUUAGGAGUUCUGCAUCGCCUCUUUGACUGAGAUCAUCGAUGAUCUCUGCCAAUCCAAAGCAUUCCUGUAGGAAAGCAUUGGGAGUCUAAUGUACAUGCACGGCAAAAUGCCAUGCUGUGCCAAUCAGACUGUCUCUCUGAAGCCAUAUGAUUGAAAUAGUAGAGUUUUAUUCCACUAUUUUGCGGCAGCACCACUAUUGGCUGCCAGUAUGACAUUAUGUCAGUAUGAUAGCCACUUGAGGCAAGUUAACCCUGCAAUGACUAUAUUGCCAUUCUUGCAGAAUGACAGUCUUUUCAGCUGCAAGGUUAAAACAGGGGGACAUAGUACCCAGACGACUUUAUUAUGAUGAAGUUAUUUGGGUGCCUAUAGAGACACUUUUAAUUUAGGAGCGGAACAACAAAUACAAUACAGGAGAUUCCAUGAGAGUGUAAGGUACACAAAUAUUAUAACUGAGAAGGAAUUCUUAAAUGGGUACUUUCCCAGGAUUUUUAAUAUUCUGAUUUUCUAUCCCCCAUAUAUUGGUUUUAGGUGACCUUUAAAUGUUUUAUUUAAUAGUAAAAUUUCCAGAGAAUUGAUAGUUCUGCUUUAAGUGCAUUAACUAAUGCAAGUGUAAAACAAGGGGUAAUGAAAAGGUAGACCCCUUUGACGUUGUAGAACUACAUACCCCAUAAUGCUUUGCCAGCAUUGCUUCUAAAAUGCUUACAUAUACACUUCUGACUGCACCAUUCCUGGUUUCAUAAGACAAUUUGUACCAUCUAUUUUCUUUCAGAUGUAACCUCCCGCCUAUUUGGGGUAAUGUUACUGCUGAUGUCGGGAAUAAAACAAAUCUUGUAACAGUUAAUCCAAGCAUUAUAGCUCUGAAGUAAGUAUCUCCUGUGAUCCACUUUAUAAUGGGCAUAACAAUCUGUAAUGAUGAAUAGAGCGUUCAUGCACAGUUUUCAAAUUUCUUUCACAAUCAUAUCUGUCAUUGACCUAUUGACCAUAUGAGAAUCCUGAUAUAAACUGUGCAAGGCUGCUUUUCAUGAUCUUUAAACUAUGGAAAUCCAACAGUAUUUUAUUUUUGCACCAUUGUAAAUUGCUGAUCGACCAAUCGGGAAGAGAUUUUAAAACACACCCGUCACUUGUAGGGUCAUUACAUGUUACCUCCUCCAAGUUACAUACUAAAUAGUGGGCACUUGAGGGAGAGAUGUUCUCUCCUAAGUGUCCCUUCCUCCUCUUUGCCUCCUCCAAACAUCUUUUGCUACGUAGAAUUCUACAGAUUCCUGGGAUAGUCCUUCAGGUCACAAUAACUUCUGAAACAGUGCUUAACUGUUUCUGCAUCAUGACCUCGGUAACAGUAGAACAGCCCAGAAUGAUAGAUGAAACAUUAAAUGAUGGUUUCUAAUGAUAAGUUACCAUAACUGAACUAACCAAGGAGGCCAACACAUUUCAUUAGCAAAAUAAUGGAGGCACGUUGUAUAGACAGUAACUUUUCACAGAGCUCCACAGCAUGUGCAAUUGUUGUUUUCAACUUUAACUAAGAAUAGAAAAUGAAAGUAGACAUUUAAAAAAUAUUUUUCCCCAGCAUACUAGGAACAUCAUUAAUGUAAUAAUAUAUUAAUAUUAUUUUCAUUAUAUUGCAGUUAAAGAAAAACUGUCACCUCAAAACUAUUUCUAACAUAACCCUUUCAUCAAGAUUUGAAAGGAAAUAUAUAUUUUUAUUAAAAUGAAGUAGAUGUAAACAAAAUUAGAAACACUCAUCCCUACCUUUAGUAAAUGAUAGGAUAUUUCAACAAUAUACAUAAACCUUGGGUCAUCUUCCUUGCUCCUCUGUAGGGGGCAAAGCAGGGAAGAUCAUAGAGACUAGCAGGUGGUUAUCAAACACUGAACAAAUUAAGGUGCAUGUAUAUGGCUGAAGAUCCCUGAGCCUCACGUGCAGAUAUAUGCAUUCUACACUAGAACCACAUAAUGAAUUUGUAAAUAUGUACGUGGCUUGUUAAUCAAGUAUGUCAUUGAGACAUGUAUUAUAUUUAUGUGAACUAAAUAUUAUGUUUUUGAAGCACACUGGCUCAAUGUCUGCAAAAAACAAAAGUGAGUGCCUAGUGGGAAUAGCUCUUUUACAGAUGUGCCACAUACACCAAUUCUGGAGAAUGAUUGUGUGCCCAAUUCAUGAGCCAUGUAGACCACACAACCUUACUGUAUUAUCUUGAACUGUGUUUAAAUUGUAUUAAAAUGCUAUGUUUGUCAAAUCUAUACUGAAGCUUUAUUUUGCUUCUGGUAAGCAGGCUCUCAGCUGUAAAUCUUUGUUUACUCAUAAAAACAUAUUGAUUGAUUUUGAUUUAUUGUUACAGAUAUGGAAAACUCAAUGAGAUGAAAACAGCCUUUCUAAAGAACCUCAGCAGCUACGGUUAUUCGUUUCUUCUGUUACCAGCAUUUUCCUACAGCAGCAAUACUGCAAUUUCUUUUGAGGUACAUCGUGUUUUAAAGAAAUACCAAGCUAAACAGCGUGCAAUAUUUUUUCACCCCAACUAUCUUAGAAGCCUGGCGCAGUUUUGGAGAGGUCGAGGGGUGAGAGCGUAUCGCCUCUCCACAGGAUUCAUGAUCACCAGUGCAGCCAUAGAACUUUGUGAAGAUGUCAAAUUAUACGGAUUUUGGCCUUUCUCCAAAAACCUAGACGGAAAACCGAUUAGUCAUCAUUAUUAUGACAACCAAUUGCCAAAACCGGGGUUUCAUGCCAUGCCGAAAGAAUUUUAUCAAGUCCUACAACUACAUUACAAAGGGGUUCUCAAACUUCAAGUUGGUGAGUGUGAAAAGAGGUGAGGAGGACAGGCCACCUAACUGCAUUUUAAACUUGACUCUCGUCAACUUCAACUUUGCCAGUUCUGUCUCCGUGGAACGUUUGUCUGGGGCAAAUCUGAAAGAAUGAAUUGACCUUUAAUUCAUUUUCCUCUUCAGUACUCUGCUACAUCAUCUUUACAUUACUGCGGUGGAAAUCAUACAAUUUAAUAACUUAAUUGCUGCUGGAAUUGUUAACUGUUUCAUAGCUGUUCAUAUAUGGAAAAAAAAUUAUACCUACCCUAGCAAGAGGAUAUAUAUAUAUUUUACAGUGCACUUACGAUGCUUGGGAAUUUGGGUAACAUAUUUUAUCGUUUAGAUCUCCUACUGUGCUUUUGUGUGUGACACAAAUGUUCUUUGAAUUGCCAACCAAAAUGUUCAUAUAUUGAUCAUUUUACUGUAUGCCUGUGCUUGUUUUCUUUAUAAUGAAGAGAACAAACGUGUAGUUUAUUUAAAUAUAAGAAAACUCAGGAACUUUGAAAUUAGAUUAAUGUUUACAAUUUUUUAUGUUAAAAUGAACUGGACAACUUUGAUCACAUAGUUCAAAUGUUUAAAAUAAUAUCUAAAGGGAAAUGGAAUGUACUAAAAAAAGGUCUUAAAAUACCACAUUACAAAGUACCAUGUAAUUAAUUCUUAAUAAGACAGAUGUGUUACUAUUCUCAAGAAAAAAACAAAUGUAACGUUUUCAUGUUUGUAAAGAACUUUGGCCUUGAUUUAAUUUGAUGAGCAUCAGAAAUAAUCACACUCAGGUCUGAGUUUAAUAAUCUUUCCAAAUAAUUCAAUAACGUUAAAAAAAAAAAAAUCCAAGUGAAUUAUCUACAGAAAUUACCAUUAAAAUCUAUUGUAGAUUUUCUAGGUGAAAUCAUUUGAAAAACAUUUCUUAUAGAUUGUGUUAAUUUAUGAUGCUGAUCCAAACAAAUUAAAUUCAGGCCUUUGUUAGCUAAAAAAUAUUUAUCUGCUAUCACCUGACUACAACUCCCUGUCUAGAUAAUCUCCCCUCUCCCCACCCCCCAAAAAAAAUCACUUAUUCUCGAUGGGUGAUUCACUAAACUGUGAGUUGAAACAGACUUGGAAAAUUUGGACUUAUAAAUUCAAGGUAGAAUAGAUUUGUAUUCUACACAUUGUACAUUUUCUUAAUUUGGCUAUUUCAUCCUAUAUUUUGCACAUUAUCAUCAACUCACCCUUUAGUGAAUAGACUCCUUAGAGUUUCAAAACCCAGGCCAUGACAGCCACAGAAACAUAUUACCAUAAUAAUAGCAUAAUGCCUGGUGGUAUAUAAUAACAAGUGCAUGUUAAUUACAGAAAUAAA